GGUUGAAGUAGCAGAUAGUCAGCAGUGAGAGGAGAGGAUACGGUGUAAGCCUGUCUCAGCUGCUGUCUGUAUCUCAUGUUUCAGGCUGAAUCAGAGCUGCAUUCCCCUGCACUCCAUGCCCUCUCCCUCACUGCUGCAAUGUGAACAGGCUCUGGGAGAAUGGGGCAGGUCGCUUGGAAAGGCAUGUUCAUGUCACUUUUUGACUAUAAGACUGAGAAAUAUGUAAUUGCCAAGAACAAAAAGGUGGGGGUUUUAUUCCGUAUUGUCCAGCUGUCCAUUCUGGCAUACCUAGUGGGGUAAGGAGAACACACUUCUUUUUCAAUGCUCUGUGUCUGUUUGUAAUCUUUGUAAAGAGUGUCCUGCAUGCUUUGAUAUUAGUGUCUGUGUCUGCAUAGGGUCCACACUGCAGCAUAGGAUGAUUAGGUGUACAGGGACUGCAGAGAGAAUGUCUAAACUGGAUACAAAAUAAAUGGGUUUCUGUCAGACUGUCUCGUUUACAUGAUUUGGCAUAGAGUAAUAUAAUAAAUAUAACUAACAUUAGUAACUCCCCAGGUAAUAGCAAACCAUUCAUGCAUUCUCAUAAAUUAGUGGUAUCCUAAAUUUUCCAGUUCUAUCUAUCUCGAUCGAUCUAUCUAUCUAUCUAUCUAUCUAUCUAUCUAUCUAUCUAUCUAACUAUCUAUCUAUCUAUCUAACUAUCUAUUGAUCUAUCUAUCUACCUAUCUACCUCCAGCCUAUCUACCUACCUCCAAUCUUUCUUUCUAUCUGUCUGUGUGUCUAUCUAUCUAUCUAUCUAUCUAUAUACCUCCUAUCUAUCCAUCCAUCCAUCAUCCAUCCAUCCAUCCUAUCUUGUUUCUGCUCCUGGCCUUCUGCCUAUCCAAUUUAAUUACCACAGUGAUAUAAUAGGUGUGAUAGUUAAGACACUUUUAUAUUCAGAGAGUUCAACAAACUAAAAAUUAACUAACAGUAGUCACUAGAUCUGAAUCCCUAAAGGAUUGGGCUUGUACACAUGUAUGAAACAAAUCCAGUAGUAGAAACCAUCUAUUAGGUACAUAAAUCUAAACAGCAAAAUUGGCUACAGAAUAGAAGUAAAAAUAAAAUAAAGAUUGAAAAUAACUUUAUUGAAGGUAUACUAAAGGUGUACUAAACUAUAGAAACUAUUUGAAAUGUACAAAUGAGAACAUCUGCAUAUAGAAAAAAUGAAGUUAAUAAUAACGUGUUGAUUAAAACAUGAGUGGGUAGUAGGGGUAACCAUGAACUCAAUGAGAAAAGGUAAAAUUUUAUAGCAGAAGUCUUAGAAAUUAGAUUAUUAAAUAAUAAGGUUAAAGUCCCAAAAGAUCUGCCCUCCGAACCACUCAAUGAACUGAAGAAGGGGAAAAGUGAAGGGGAAUAAGAAACAAUGAAUAGAAAUAAAACAAUAUAUAUAUUUACAGCUUUAUUCAGAGAGUUCACUCAUUUCUACUGUGGGUGCAUGGGGUCUAUUAGCUAAGCAGUGAGCUCUAAUGAAUUUAAAAGGCAACUUGCAGAUUUCUCCAAACCAGCUUAGAAGUUGUAGUUUUACUUUUCCAAUGUGGGUAUUUUGAUCUGAAUUUUGGAAGCUGAUUGUUAAGGUGUGUCUAUUCGCUGUUCAGUGAAUGGUUCCUGUUGUUACAAAUCACUGUGCCGACUGUAUUCGGAGUAAUUAUUGUGUAUUCCACUCUUGUUUAUAAAUGUCAGAGGGAAGUCAUAAUAGUGUAAUUGACUUAUCUAAAUGAGACAGUCUAGUAAUAUCGCUUUAAUUUCAAUGAAAGUAAUUAUAUGAUAAUUUUUUGUUUUUGUAGACCAUUAUUCACACAUGUGGUCGGUUUUGCUAGUUCUUGUAUCUGCCAUUACGAUUCUUUAAAAGAGCUAUGUUUAGAAACCAUUAAUCUUGCAGGCAGACUUUUAAAGAAACGCUCCCAGCACCAUAACCACUACAGCCUGCUGUAGUGGUUGUGGUGUCAGGAGUGCUCUGAUCUAGUCCCAGAGUAAUCUGUCAAAUUGAUUUGACCCUGGGUCCCACUGGGUGCCAGCCCUGCUUCUAGUCUACUUGAAUGGGAGAAGCUGGAUCCUGAUGUAUUGUGGGUGUGCAUUUAUUGGCUGAGAGUCUCAUCUCAGCACUCUCUGCCAAUAAUGAGAUGAAUGAGUAGCUGUUCUGAACAAAACUGACAGCUGGGUUCUCCAGCUGUGAGAAGACUAGAAUCAAUGUGGGCUCCUGGUAGGGCCAAGGUAUGCGUCAAACUGUGCUAUAGUGGUUUAAAAGCUUAUGAUUGGAUUGUUAUCCUUGACAUUAUAACCACUGUGUCCUCUAGUGGUCACGGUUCUUGGAACGCUCGUUUAAAGUGGCUCUGUCACCUCAAACUUAUAGUCACCACAACAACUACAACGUAAAGUAAUUGUUCUGGUGAGUAUAGUCAGUCCCUGCAGGCUUUUUAAUAUAAACACUGCCUUUCCACAAACGUACAUCCGCAUUUAAAAGCUAACACGUCUGCACGCAAAUGCAAACAUUACAUACAAACACAUGCUUGCAUGCAAAUGCAAACAUUACAUACAAACCCACCCCUGUAUCAAAACGCUAACAUUAUAUACAAACACUAACUGUACACAGAAAUGCACACCAGCUCCUAAGUACUACCAUCUUUACCAUCUGCGCUACGGCGACAAAAAUAUUUUGGAGUUCCAUGUUGUUAGCGCAUUAUGUCAAAGGAUUCCAUGGGAAAACUUAAUUGGGAACCCCUGUGCUAGACAAUUGUGACAAAGGGUGGAGCUUAAGGCAAGGUCCACUGCCUUUCUCAAGUUAACAAAGGGCAAAGCAUGCCUUAAGCUCCACCCUUUGUCAAGAAUGUCAAGCUUAGGAAAAAAUAGUUCCCUAUUUAUGUUUUUAAGAAAAAAAUAUAUCAGACAUGAAUAAAAGAACAGAUUCUGAAAAAAGAGGUUUGAGGUGACAGAGCCACUUUAAGCUUUACUUAGUAUUUUCAGCAUUUUUUUCCUGGAAUAAAUGAUGGAUGAGAAAUUAUAAAGUGUAAGUGGUUAUAGCCACAAGCAGUAAAACAUAGUAACAGUUUGUGUGGCGAAACCAACCUCGCCACUGGGCAUUGGAGAAGACUGAUUGCCAGCCUCAUGCCAUGUGACUAUGGCCCCUGGGAUGUAUUGCCCUUUAACCCCUUAAGGACACAUGACAUGUCUGACAUGUCGUGAUUCCAUUUUAUUCCAGAAGCUUGGUCCUUAAGGGGUUAAAGACAUGAUUUGGGCAUAAUGGAUUUGUGAUGUGCUGCUGCUGGCCCUUUAAGAACCAUCUGGGGACAUACUGUGGAGUUACUGGGUGGCCACCAUUUCAUGUAUCAGAGGCACAUGGUGAGAACAAUGGAUGAAGCACAUGGUGAGAACAAUGGAUGGCGGCCAUUUUAACUCACACUGUUUUGACUUUUCUACACGGUGCCAUCUCGAUGGUAUUUGGUGCACAAAGACACCGUUUAGUAGUUUUAAACUACAGAACAGGGGACACAUUUAACAGUAAUUAUUUUUCAUAUAGCCUGUAUAUGUUCUGUGGAAUCUGCAUUAAACCGUAUCUUCCAAACUACUGAACGGAUCUGGGUGAAUUUUGGAUAUGUGGUUCACCCAGAUCCCCCGGUUCUGAGGAUAUACUUUUAUGGGGUUAUUGCAUGUUUUGGGGUCCCUGUGAUAUGUUUUAUAAUACUGUAUUUCUCUGCCUGUGAUAAUUAGAUUAACCAUUGUGUUCAGUAAUCAUAUCACAGGCAGAGGGGAGGAUUUUGUGUGAGUGUCUGUGUGUAUUGUACGGAUUGAUUGGUUGUAUUUCAAAACCCUGUGGGCAGUACUAUGUUUGUGGAUUGUGAAUAAAAGAGGCUGUAUGUGCCAGUACAGGCAGUUCUGCUUGACCUCAAAACGAAGUGUCGUCUCGUUAUUGGGGGAAUUGGAUUGUAUGCUGAUUGCCAGGAGUGUAAGCUGAUUGUAUGCUUUUCCUGUUCAUCUGCUUACAUAUGCUUGAGAGCAUUUGUAUGCUUCUCCGGUUUGGUGGUGUGGUGUCUGCUGCAGUGCUUGGAGUUCUCAGGAAGCGCUAGGAGCAUCCUUCAACGGAGGUACCCAGUCGGGGUGCCAGGUGAUCCGUUACAGUUUGUCUCUAUCCUAAAAACUCCUUCCAUUUUCAAGAUCCAAGUGCCAACCCUCAGAUUACCUGUUGUUUGGUGGGUGAUUGUAAAAUGAGGUGGCAUUGCCCACAAUUAAAAGAACAGCCCAAGCAAGGUCGGACUGUAAAAAAAAAUACGGCUCAGGCAUAUUUUACUCACAGCAGCCCAGUGGCAAGGGAAUGAGACCAGAGGGGUGGUUUGUGUCAUCACCAAUGACAAGCAUGGCCUCUCAGAGUGAGCAUUUUGGUUCAAUGCUCUGCUAGGGCAGCCUUUGAUCAAAGCCCCGCUGAAGAGCUCUUAAAUGAGAAAAAUGCCCUGUAUUUGUUCUGAGAAGCUCGAGGAAUAAUUUUUGCUUGUGGUAUAAUAUGUGUGACAUGGGGCUGCAGAAAGAGUGUGUGUAUAGCUGCUGUUGUGUGUAUAGUGUGUGUGUGUGUGUGUGUGUGUAUAGGGGGCAUAGUGUGUGUACAGGGGAUGCAGCAAGGGUGUGCAUAGGCGCUGUAGUGUAUGUGUAUAUAGGUGCUGUAGUGUGUGUGUAUGCUGUGUUUAUAGGGGGCAUAGUGUGUGUACAGGGCUGUGCAUAGGCUCUGUAAUGUAUGUGUAUAUAGGUUACAUUGUGUGUGUAGGGGCUGUAGUGUAUGUGUAUAUAUGUUACAUUGUGUGUGUAGGGGCUGUAGUGUAUGUGUAUAUAUGUUACAUUGUGUGUGUAGGGGCUGUAAUGUAUAUAAGUUACAUUGUAUGUGUAGGAUCUGUAAUGUAUAUAGGUUACAUUGUGUGUGUAGGAUCUGUAAUGUAUAUAGGUUACAUUGUGUAUGUGUGUAGGAUCUGUAAUGUAUAUAGGUUACAUUGUGUAUGUGUGUAGGAUCUGUAAUGUAAAUAUGUUACAUUGUGUGUGUAGGGGCUGUAAUGUAUAUAUGUUACAUUGUGUGUAUGGGGCUGUAAUGUAUGUGUAUAUAGGUUACAUUGUGUGUGUGUGUGUGUGUGUGUAGGGGCUGUAAUGUAUUUAUGUUACAUUGUGUGUAUGGGGCUGUAAUGUAUCUGUAUAUAUGUUACAUUGUGUGUGUGUGUGUGUGUGUGUGUGUGUAGGGGCUGUAAUGUAUAUAUGUUACAUUGUGUGUAUGGGGCUGUAAUGUAUGUGUAUAUAGGUUACAUUGUGUGUGUAGGGGCUUAGAGAGUUUGUGUUUAGGGAAUGUAGUGCAUGUUUUUGUAGUCUGCGCAUAGGAGAUGUAAUGUGUUUGUCAGGAAUGUAGUGUGUGUAAGUGGUACAGUGUGUGUCUAAAGACGAUCUACUGUGUGCAGGAGAUCCAGAGUGUAGGAUAGGGGUGUUGAGGGGUGGGGGUGAGCAAAUUAAUUUUUUUAUUUCUUUAAAAAAAAAAAAAAGAUAUUUAUAUCCCCCUACCUUUUUCAUACCUUUUUCACAGGAAGGGCCAUUGCAGGACCUCGUGGUCCAGUGGGGGUGAGUUACUCUUGCCUUCAUUUCCUUUGGCUGCAGGCAGAGUUCACUCCUCUCUAGAGGGCACACAGGAAGGCUGGCUCUGCAUGGGCCGGCAGGGGAGAUCCUCUGAUCUCCACUGUCGGCCUUACCCCAUGUUCAUCACGCCAACCAGGAAUUUGCAAGCCUGACUCCAAGCACAAUAACCACUAUUGCCUGCUACAUGGUGUUGUCGCACGGAUUUUAGUCCUGGUUUGCUCUCUUUCUGGAGAUGGCCUGAUUUGAUGGAAGCUAGGUGGACCCAGUAAGUUGGCAGACUGCUAAAAUAUUUUGAUGUCUUACUUCCUGGCUAUAACCAAUUCAGUGAUUAUGGUGCUUUCAGUGUUCCUUUAAAUGAGGGAGCACAGAUUAGGCCACAUAGUUUGAUAAACCAAUGUUAAAUUGUUGGACAUACUUUCAGUGUAGUAUUGUUUGAUAUAUUCAGAUAUUGAAUUUACUGACAGUCCUCCGGGAUGCAAUACAUAUCAAUUUUCAUGGUGGAGCUGAAUUAUUAUAUAUAUUCUUUACAUAAACAAAUAAGGUUUUUUUUCCAGUAACUGGCAAGCGAAUUGAACAUAUUAGGCCAAACUAGUUCAGCUGUAAAAGAGGUAGGAUACGUUUUCCAGUUUGAUUUGUUUGGCCUAAAUAUUCCUGCUUUAGUAAGUAUUUAGUAAGUAUUUUCCUUCUAUGCGGUUAUUUGAUCCAUGGUGCAAAUUGUGCAGACAAUUCCAUUUGUCAAAAAUGCAAAUUUGUUUUUUUUUUCUGUGUUCGUAACUGCGAAGAUGUCCAGGAAACUUAUUUAAUUAAUUUAAAAUUACACUUCCCUAAGUUUCAUUAAAUGCAAAAUGAAUUCAUGUAAAUGUUUUUUUUUUGUUUUUUUUAGAGCACUCAUGCAAAUAAAAGUACCUCAAGCAAAUUAUAAGUUAUUUUGUGGGGUACUCAUUUACCAUGUAAAUGGUUCAAUGUGAUACAUCCAUACUCUCCAGUGAUAGAAAAGUCUAUCUCCCUCUUUUAAAAAAAAAUUGUUUAUGAUGGCUCAUCGCUGAAUGAUUUUAAUUCUUAAAGGGACACUCCAAGCACCACAACAACUUUAGUUUAAUGAUACACUUUUGGUGUAUAUAGAUCAUGUCCCUGUUGUUUCACUGCUCAAUUCUGUAUAAUGUAAGCCUUAAAUAACUUUGUUUAUGCAGCCCUAGCCACACCUCCCCUGCCUGAGACUCACACAGUCUCCAUGGAAAAAGAUUACAUUUUCACAGCACUGUGUAUUUACUUUAGAAGUUAUAAUCGCCUGCUCUGUUAGUUGAACAUUAAUUACAUACAGAAGUACAUACUAUAUCUCUUAAUAGUACACUAGUGAUGCUCUCAGUCUCAGUUACCUGCCGCAAGUCUUUUCCUUCCUUAUAUUGCAGUCAGAGAAGAAGAAAUCCAGGCACAGUAGUCUUGGGUGCUGGAGUCCCAACUUUACUGGCCCAUGAUGGACAGAGAGACCCUACCCUUUAUUGGUUAGUAGGGAAUUUCCUGUGAUUACCAUGGCCAACCUUAGCCCGUGGCAAUUGUGGUCCCAGAUAUUUGCCUGGUUUGCCCAGUGACCAUUCCUGCCCUGUCCCCAGCCCACCCUCUAUUGUAUUCCCUCUGUGUGGAGAACUGCGAGGAAUUAGUUGAUGAUUGUGGCAUAUUAGCAUAGAAACAUAGAAACAUAGAAUGUGACACACUAUUUAAAAUAAUAUGGAGGCCGAUUGGAAGGCACUUUGAAACCCUGCAGCAUCUGUACCCAAUCCCAAUCUUUCCACUACCCCAAAAAGAUAUAACUGAUGAAUCUGAAAUGACAUUUAAAUCUUCUGUUUUGGUAACUGUUCUGUCACAGUCCUGUGAAUAGGAAAGACAUGGCUUUAAAUGGGUCCUACCUUACUAGACAGGGCUAAAAAUUACUGCAGGCCUGUAAAUUUCUAUUUGCCAGAACUUUAAUUUACACUCGCUGUGGCUAGUGGGUGAGUGGUAAUCUUGACCCCUGUUUUCAAGAUAUGCUGGGGUGAGAAUGAAGGGUAGAGAGAAGAUUAGCAAGGCUGAAGGACAGUGAGAGAGGGGAAUGUGACUAGGGUGCCCACGUGUACUACUAGUGAUUCCAUGAUAAAGAUUUCACCCCCCUUCCUCUCAGUGUGUCAGUAGUGGGGGGGUGGACAUGAAAUGGGGGGGGAAAUGGACAUGAAAUGGGGGGGGGGAAAUGGACAUGAAAUAUGGGGGGAUAGGAAAUAGGGGGAAAUGGACAUGAAAUGGGGGGUGUACAUGAAAUAUGGGGGGGAAUGGAUGAUUAAAACAACGCUACGCCCCUGUGUCCGGUGUGAAGAGGAGGUCUGGGAGGGGCAAAUGUGACACCUAAAUGUGACUGUGUGGGUGUACAAAGAGAAGGUCAAUAAUUUACAAACAUAGCUUCUAGAUAGCCCUUUAGCUACCAUUGUCAUGCCCUUUUUUAGCACAAACUAGUUGUUAGCAUGCUCUCUUGAAUUAAGUGAAUGAGGCUGAUCGGUCAGUUUUGCAUUUGUCCCCCAGUGAUUUUUCGCUGGUUACUGAAACACAACAAAUGUUAAUUCCGAUGUUUCCAGUAUGUUGUGACAGCUUUACUGACAGUCUACAUUCCUACUCCGUACUUAUUGAAUGGCCAUUGUAUCGAGUCCUCAAUCCUUUUAACGUUAUUAAUUCUCCACCUUUGCAUGCUGGCUUCUCUGUUUAUUUAUAACAUGCUGCUAAGGUCUGUUCAGGGUUAUUAUGGGACAACACGAGAGACAAAAUAAUCCUCCGGAUAAGAUUUCCAAAUGGACCGGUAUCAAUUGCAAUUCUUCUGCAGCUGCAAUAAGAGAAAUAAUUUAACUUGUGUUUAAUUUAUUAAGGAAUUCAUUUUACAGCAGGUUUUAAGUUAUUUGUACGAUUAUUCAGAGUCAUUUUCUUGAACUAAAAACAAAAACUUUAAUGCUUUGUCUUUAGUAUAGUUAGAUUUGGUCCUGUAUGAUCAUAUAAGGGGUUUAGUUUCAGGGAGGUCACACACUGUCCUAAAGGUCAUGAUUCUACUUGAAUUUCUUUAAUUAACUUGUAAUACAGUGAUAGCAAAGAUCCAUGAGACAUCAAAACACUUCCAUCAAACAUGGGAUCCUAUCUUAAUGACCCUCAAAUAACAUAAUUACAUUACUGACGGAUACAUAGCAGGACUAAAAACAUCUCUUACAUCGAGUCAUCACCGUGUCUCUAACAAGGAAUACAAGGGACUGGAAAUACAACCCCUUCCUUCUUUAUCCCACCUUUACCCCUAGUAAUUGCUUCGUCACUUUCUUAAAUUUCUUCAAAUUCCUAAUUCAACUCAGGUACAGGCGCAAAAUGGGCAGAAAACAUUACUAAAUUAACUACGAACAACUAAGCUUGUUUCACACAGAGACACAUUCUCCAUAAUGAACACAGAGCACAUAACCUCAGAGAGUAAAGAGGCUAAACUUUAUCCCACCAUUUGACCUACAUUUACAACUAACAUGUAAGAUCACUUGACUCAUCUCUUCGUGACCUUAAAGUCCACUUAUGGUGUUAACAUUAAACCUUACUUUCCCUUUAAUAUAGUGGAGAAAUUAUUUUGAGCAAAAUCUCCAAAAAUGAGCAACCAAUUUGUAUUUGAGACAUCCAUGUGCAUUUUUUUCCCCCGGAGGUUGGAAACUACCCUUGCCAUCCCUUGAAGGGUCCCUCAGAGCAUCAUGACCACUUCAGUGAUUUGAAGUGGUCACUGUGCCUGAAGGCUGUGUGUCUAGUGUUUCGCUGUGAAUGGCUGCACAUACGGAGUUUAAUCCCUUAACAGCACAGAGGUGUAGCUCUACCUUGAGAGCGUCAUGGGGUGUCAACAGCCAGCUCAGAACUAGAGUUCCAGGCUGGAUAAUUUUAAUUCUAUUAAAAUGAUAUUUUGUACAGUGGGACGCUCUCAGCCAAUGAAUUGCGCGUGUAUCUGCAGCUCUCCAGCAGCAGGGAGUCUCGGAAUCCAGCAGAGACCCCGGCAACAAGGCAAACUCUUACUAAAUGGUUCAGUCUCAUUACCAGGCAACUGGGCUCCUGGUGGGCUGUAGUGAUAUUGAUGUUUAGAGUAACCCUUUAGGUACUUACAUUCAUUUAUGGUUUUCCUAAGACCCACAUUUAAUGUAAGGUAUGAAAUUUUAUGUUCUUACUGUACAUGAAGGUUCUUUGCCCUAAACUGAAUGAGUUUCUAAGAUCCAUUGAUUCAUAGCUCACCCAGUAGUUGGACCAGUGAGUCAGAAGAGAAAGUAAAUCCUUUUGAAAGUUGAUCAGACACUAAGCUUCAAGUAAUGGAAGGAGUGUGCUAGACAGGAACUGAAGUCUGCUGCCAGAGCCAAAUAAUCAGCAAGAGGGAAACAAAAUAACCUUGAUGAUUAGGCAUUUUCUUCACUUCUCCCAAGAUAUUUUAUUUUGGCUGUUAAAGAAUCCUGGAUGGCUGACUAGCCAGUGAAUCGCCAGCUAAUGUUGGACUGAAACAUGUGACGUGUCUUUAAAGGAAAUGGGAGAUGGGAAUAAACACAACUAAUCUUUCCGCUUCUGUUCUACAAAUAUUGUACAUUGCGUGUCACUAUAUCCAAUUUCUAGGAUAUGACUGCGUCUCGAGAAAUAGAAUAUUUAUAGGGGAUCAAUUACACAGUGGGAUUGGCAUGGCGUAUGCAAAUCACUGUAGUGGAAGUGGCAGUGUGUAAGGAUUAGUGUUUGUAUUAGAUUUAUCAACCAAAAAGUUGGCACGCAAAACAAAUGUAUACAAACUUGAUGAUACUUAUAUCAAGCAUUAUUUUAUGAUUCCUUGUGUUGUAACUAUAAGACAAAAAAAAACAUAAAACAUCUAGUGCAGAACAUCUAUACACUUUAAAAACAUAUAAUCAGAUCAAAUCUUAUGGUAUCAAAUUCACUGCAUUUGAGUGGAUUGUGUAUCGCUCUCACUUUAAGAGCCGUGGAGGGAUCAAGCUUGUUGAGUUUGAUGGAUCCACCAGGCAUAUGCCAGACUGCAGAUAGAUUUAUUAAAGCAUUUAAUGUUUUUCAAGUAGAGUUAUAAACAAAAUUCACACAGAUUUUUUAAAAAAACAAAUCAAGUAUUAAAAACCUUGAAAGAAUCUCUGUAAAUCAUUUAUCGCUCAGCAGCCCUUCCUCUCUCACAGUCUUGUCUCGCCUCACAUGCAUAACGCGUUUCUCUCCGAUCCAGGGUAGAGAGAAACGCGUUAUGCAUGUGAGGUGAGACACUUGUUAUUUUUGGUUGUUAUUUAGCAUUAGAUUUAGGAUGUGUGGAAUAGCUAGUUAGAGAACGUUAGAAUGGAUGUUUUGUGUCAAAGUUACAAUAGUUAAUUAUUAAAUGGUAAUGUGCAAAGGAAUGGGGUUCACUGAGAACGCUCUUUUCACCAUGCUCUGUUUAAAGCAGCUGCUUAAUCUCAGCCCAGACAUAAGCUAAAAUUAGUAAGCUCAUGUGUUGCGUAGGAGUUUAAAUACAUGAAUGAUAUGUAUAUGAUAUAUGAUAUAUAUCUAAAACAAAAUGGUCUGCUAGCAUAUUGAGUUCUCCUGAGAAAAUCUGUUACAAAAAAUAAAGAAUUUACAAAAAAGACAAGUGCAAAUUCCCCAAAACCCCUGUUUUCGGCACAACAGUCACAUUUUUGGAGUCCUGUCCCAUCGUCCUGGGUUAGUUCCUUGGUGUCCCACAACCAAGGACAUCAGGGAACUAUCGUUGGACAGCACAGCCUAAGCACAUCAUUUAACGCAUUGGCACAGCAUUCUCUGCAACCCAUUUUGGGCGCCACCGGUGACUCAAGUCAUUGUCACUGUUGACUACAGUUCUCAGUCUCACUCACACAUCCAGAUCUCAUACCCCUCUAAUAUUGGGUGACAUGCAAGUGCAAUAGCUAACUAAACGUAGCUUAAAUUUGAUCUAGGGUCCUGGACACAACUGAUAUAGCUAAGAUAGAAGGAAAACAUUCACUUUAGCAAUAUCUAUGAACACGGGCAAACCUUGGGUACCUUGAGGGAUUAGUUAAGUGUCAAACUAGUUGAAAAUGGACUGACAUUUAACAGUGGGGCAGUGCCAACUGGCUCCUGCCACCUUAACAACUAGAGUGUGCUGUUGUGGUUAUGGUGCUUAGAAUGUCCUCUUAAACAUAGGGGAUUAGGGUGAAAGUUUGUUGGGAUAUAGCGAAUAGGCAAAGUGGGAAGUCUCCAAUCUUUUUCCAGAAUUUUUACUAGGUGUGUUAGUUUGGUAAAAUACAGUUGCAAGAAAAAGUAUGUGAACCCUUUGGAAUGAUAUGGAUUUCUGCACAAAUUGGUCAUAAAAUGUGAUCUGAUCAUCAUCUAAGUCACAACAAUAGACAAUCACAGUAUGCUUAAACUAAUAACACACAAAGAAUGAAAUGUUGCCAUGUUUUUAUUGAACACACCAUGUAAACAUUCACAGUGCAGGUGGAAAAAAGUAUGUGAACCCUUGGAUUUAAUAACUGGUUGAACCUCCUUUGGCAGCAAUAACUUCAACCAAACGUUUCCUGUAGUUGCAGAUCAGAAGUGCACAACGGUCAGGAGUAAUUCUUGAGCAUUCCUCUUUACAGAACUGUUUCAGUUCAGCAAUAUUCUUGGGAUGUCUGGUGUGAAUCACUUUCUUGAGGUCAUGCCACACCAUCUCAAUCGGGUUGAGGUCAGGACUCUGACUGGGCCACUUCAGAAGGUGUAUUUUCUUCUGUUUAAGCCAUUCUGUUGUUUAUUUACUUCUAUGCUUUGGGUCAUUGUCCUGUUGCAACACCCAUCUUCUGUUGAGCUUCAGCUGGUAGACAGAUGGCCUUAAGUUCUCCUGCAAAAUGUCUUGAUAAACUUGGGAAUUCAUUUUUCCUUCGAUGAUAGCAAUCCGUCCAGGCCCUGACGCAGCAAAGCAGCCCCAAACCAUGAUGCCCCCACCACCAUACUUCACAGUUGGGGUGAGGUUUUGAUGUUGGUGUGCUAUGCCUUUUUUUCGCCACACAUAGUGUUGUGUGUUUCUUCCAAACAACUCAACUUUAGUUUCAUCUGUCCACAGAAUAUUUUGCCAGUACUGCUGUGGAACAUCCAGGUGCUCUUGUGCAAACUGUAAACGUGCAGAAAUGUUUUGUUUGGACAGCAGUGGCUUCCUCUGUGGUAUCCUCCCUUCUUGUUUAGUGUUUUACGUAUUGUAGAUUCGCUAACAGGGAUGUUAGCAUUUGCCAGUGACUUUUGUAAGUCUUUAGCUGACACUCUAGGAUUCUUCUUCACCUCAUUGAGCAGUCUGCGCUGUGCUCCUGCAGUCAUCUUUACAGGACGGCCACUCCUAGGGAGAGUAGCAGCAGUGCUGAACUUUCUCCAUUUAUAGACAAUUUGUCUUACCGUGGACUGAUGAACAGCAAGGCUUUUGGAGAUACUUUUAUAACCCUUUCCAGCUUUAUGCAAGUCAACAAUUCUUAAUCGUAGGUCUUCUGAGAGCUCUUUUGUGCGAGGCAUCAUUCACAUCAGGCAAUGCUUCUUGUGAAAAGCAAACCCAGAACUGGUGUGUGUUUUUUAUAGGGCAGGGCAGCUGUAACCAACACCUCCAAUCUCAUCUCAUUGAUUGGACUCCAGUUGGCUGACAUCUCACUCUAAUUAGCUCUUGGAGAUGUCAUUAGUCUAGGGGUUCACAUACUUUUUCCACCUGCACUGUGAAUGUUUACAUGGUGUGUUCAAUAAAAACAUGGCAACAUUUCAUUCUUUGUGUGUUAUUAGUUUAAGCAGACUGUGAUUGUCUAUUGUUGUGACUUAGAUGAUGAUCAGAUCACAUUUUAUGACCAAUUUGUACACAAAUCCAUAUCAUUCCAAAGGGUUCACAUACUUUUUCUUGCAACUGUAUCUGGUCCAUUCUCUUAUAUUCCCUUUUAAAGUGAAUAAACAUCUAUUAGAAUUAUGAUGGGUUGGGUCUUAAAUUAUGUGUUUAGCUAGGGUUAGGGCAGUGGCGUACAUACCAGGGUCGCAGGGGUCGCAGUUGCGACCAGGCCCGGCCCACCAGGGGGCCCGGCCGCCCCUGCGACCUGGUAUGUAGCCACUGGGCCAGCCUCUUCUCCUGGGGGGCCCAUGAGCCGGCCCCCCAAGGCCCCCCGAGGCUGGCCCUGCUGACCCCAGCUGGCGGGUGGCCGGUCGGGCAGGCGCGCGCGCGAGGGAGCACUCAGUGCUUCCUCUUCUGCUCCCUCGCGCACCGCACUGAUACCGGAGCCGGAAGAUGACGUCAUCUUCCGGCUCCGGCAUCCCUACGCGGCGCGCGAGGGAGCUGAAGAGGAAGCACUGAGUGCUCCCUCGCGCGCCCGCCUGCCCGACCGGCCAACCGCCCAGGAGCCCAGCAGCACCACUGGACCCCAGGGAAUCCCCCCAGCACUCCAAAAGGUAAGGAGGCUGGGGGGAUUAAAUAAAAUAAAAAAACAUGUGUUAGUGUGUGUGAGUGUUAGAGUGAGUGUGAGUGUUAGUGUGUGUGUGAGUGUCAGUGUGUGUGUGUGUUAGAGUGUGAGUGUGUGUGUUAGAGUGAGUGUGUGUGUGUUAGAGUGUGAGUGUGUGUGUUAGAGUGUGAGUGUGAGUGUGAGUGUUAGAGUGUGAGUGUUAGAGCGUGAGUGUUAGUGUUAGAGUGUUAGUGUUAGAGUGUGUGUGAGUGUUAGAGUGUGUGUGUGUGUGUGUGUGUGAGUGUUAGAGUGUGUGUGUGAGUGUUAGAGUGUGUGUUAGAGUGUGUGUGUGUGUGUGUUAGUGUGUGUGUGUGUUAGUGUGUGUGUGUGUUAGAGUGUGUGUGUGAGUGUUAGAGUGUGUGUGUGUGAGUGUUAGAGUGUGUGAGUGUUAGAGUGUGUGUUAGAUUGAGUGUUAGAGUGAGUGUUAGAGUGAGUGUUAGUGUGUGUGUGUCUGCUAGUGAGUGUUACUGUGUGUGUCUUACUGAGUGUGUGUGUGUUAGUGAGUCUGUUUGAUGUCUGUUAGUGAGUGUGUGUUUGUCAAUGAGAGUGUAUGUUUUGUAAGUGAGUGUGUAUGUAUGUCUGUCGCUGACUGUGUCUCUGUCAGUAAAUGUGUGUCUGUUAGCUAGUGUGUAUGCGUCUGUAAGUGUGUGUGUGUCUUCAGCACUUACCUUUCUCCAGCGCCGGACUCCCUUGGCGCUGAGGAUCCCUCAGCCUCUCAGCUCCGAAUGCGACCGCGCACGCAUUCAAACCGCCCAUAGGAAAGCAUUACUCAAUGCUUUCCUAUGGACGCUCAGUGUGCUCCUCUAGCGGCUGUCAGUGAGACAGCCACUAGAGGCUGGAUUAACCCUCAGUGAAACAUAGCAGUUUCUCUGAAACUGCUAUGUUUUCAGCUGCAGGGUUAAAACUAGAGGGACCUGACACCCAGACAGCUUCAUUGAGCUGAUGUGAUCUGGGUGUCUGUAGUGGUCCUUUAAGUGUGUGUGCAUCUGCAUGCACUGGCGUACAUACCGCGGUCGCAGGGGUCGCAGCCCUGUAACCCCUACGACCAGGUGCCCACCGCCAUGUGUUGCGGCCCGGCCCACGCGCACGGGGGGGGCCACGGAUCAAUUUUCGCACCGGGGCCCCAUGGGUCAUGUGUACGCCACUGGGUUAGGGAAAGGGUACUUUGUCCUGCUAGGUAUGCCACUUAAGAUAUAAAUGACAAAAGAGAAUUGUAAAAACCUUCAACACAACCAGUAGUUUUAGUUAGAUAGAGUUAAAGUAAGAAACUUACUCAAAAUAGCAGGUUGGGUUCAGAUGCAGCAAAUACUGAGAUUUGGAUGCAGCAAGUUUAAAGGGACACCCCACAGCCCAAAAAUAUAAAAUAAAAAAAUAACCACCUACAUUGUUUAGUAAAUAUACCCUUUACAAAACCAUGCAUGUAUUUAAUUAUGCAUUUUUUUUUUGGGGGGGGGGGGGUAUAGCUAAACACAGCUUGCAAAAGCUGCAGAUCUCUUAUGAGCUAAAUAUCCAAGAAGUAACAGGACUGGUUGUUUGACCGACAGCCAUGGGGUGUAACAAGAUAUAUUAAUAAGAAAAGCCAGCUUUAAUUGAAAUUUGCACUUUUGUAAAAAUAACACGCACAAUGGCAGAAGUACCUGGUCAGCAAAGGUUGCGAUUGUGAUUACCUGGAGCCCUUAUUGUAUGCUUGCAUCUGUACAUGUGCGUCAGUUUUUGUGGAUCUGUGUGUAAAUCUGUGCAUGUAUGUCGGUAUGUGUCAUUGUAACUAUGUUUGUCAAUCUGUGUGUGUAUGUGUUUCUCUCAGAGUGGAUCUGUGUAUACAUGUCUGUGGGCAUCUUUGUGUAGCAGCAUAUGUGUGUUUCUAUGUAUGGCAAUGUGCCCAUGUAUAUGGGUGUGGCAAUACAUGUAUAUUUGUGAAUAUACAUUUGAAUGCAAUCACCAACAUUACACACAAACACACCCUGCAUUCAAACGCCAACACUGUACACAAAAACAGUCCUACAUUCAAACACCAAUACUAUGUACAAACACAAUCCUGCAUUCACAUGCCAACAUUAAACACAAACUCACCACUGCAUUCAUACCCUAACAGUACAUAAAAAACUUUAGAUUCAAACACCAACAUUACGCACUCCUCUUCAUUUAAAUGCAAACACUACACACAAACAAACAAACCACCUGCAUUCAAACAUAAGCAUUAUACACAAAUACACAAGCAUACUUCAUACAAAAGCAUGCCUACUUUCACAGAUACUGCAUACAAAUAGAACCUUGCAAGCAGUGGCAUAGCUAGGGGGUGGCGGGAGGGGCAGUCCACCCCAGGUGGCACUUUUUUAGGGGCAUGAAGGCAGAGGAGAGGCUGGAGUGAGCUGCUGCUGCAUGCUCACUCCCUUCAGCCAACACCCCAAGCAAGUCACCCUCCUGAACACAAAAGGCAAGCUAACAGGAGAGUGGACGCAAAUAUAUAAAGUACGACAUGUAUGUGUUUACAUGUGUCAGAUUGUAUGUGCCAGUGUGUAUCUGUGUGUGUAUGUGUCAGUGUGUGUAUCCGAGUGUGUGUGUGUUUGUGCCAGUGUUUGGAUCUGUGGGUAUGUGCCAGUGUGUAUCUUUAUAUCAAUGUGGUAUCUUUAUAUCAAUGUGUAUCUGAGUGUGUACGUGUAUGUGCCAGUGUGUAUCUGUGUGUAAUGUGUCAGUGUGUGUAUUUGUGUUUAUGUGCCAGUGUGUUUCUCUAUGUCAGUGUGGGUAUCUGAGUGUGUUUGUAUCGGUGUGUAUGUGUCAGUGUGUAUCUUUAUAUCAGUGGGUAUCUGAGUGUGUGUGUGUAUGUGUGUAUGUAUGUGGCAGUGUGUAUCUGUGUGUAAUGUGUCAGUGUGUGUAUCUGUAUGUCAGUGUGGGUAUCUGAGUGUGUGUGUGUUUGUGCCAAUGCUUGUAUCUGUGUAUAUGUCUUAGUGUGUAUCUUUAUAUCAGUGUGUGUGCGUGUAUGUGGCAGUGUGUAUCUGUGUGUAAUGUGUCAGUGUGUAUCUGUGUGUAUGUGCCAGUGUGUGUAUUUGAGUGUGUGUGUAUGUGUCAGUUUGUGUAUUUGUGUGUAUGUGUAUGUGUCAGUUUGUGUAUCUGUGUGUAUGUGCCAGUGUGUAUCUGUAUGUCAGUGUGUGUAUCUGAGUGUAUGUGCCAGUGUGUGUGUAUCUGAGUGUGUGUGUAUGUGUCAGUGUGUAUAUCUGUGAGUGUGCCAGUGUGUGUAUAUGUGUGUCAGUUUGUAUCUAAGUGUGUGUAUGUGCUAGUGUGUGUAUGUGCAGGGCCGGCGCUACCUGUAAGGCGGACUAGGCAGCCGCCUAGGGCGCCCCUUGGGAGGGGGCGCCGCCAGGAGCGCCGGCCCCGCUCAUGCUGCAGCCGCCCGAGCACUCUGUAAAGAGCCUCAGGCGGCUGCAGCUUUGCCCGGGCGGUGCGUCCAUGAGGGCGGACCGCACCGCCCGGGCGCAGCCUGAGGAGAGGCUGACAGGAGGGAAACGCACAGCGCUCCCUCCUGUCAGCCCCCUCACUGCAGCGUGGCCGAGCCCUCUAUGGCAUGGUCCGACCGGUACAGAGAGCAGCUGUCUCCUGUACCCGGCCGGACUAACAGGAGGUGAACACUGAGUGUUCACUUCCUGUUAGUCCGGCCGGGUACAGGAAACAACAGCUCCCUGUACCGGUCGGACUAUACUGGGCUCGGCCACACUACCACACAGGUAGGGGAGGGAGGGGGAGGAAAGAGGGAGGAAGGGGGGAGAAGAAAAAAAAAAGAGAGGGAGGGAGGGGGAGAAGAAAAAAGAGAGGGAGGGGAGAAGAAAGAAACAGGAGGGAGGGAGGGGGGGAGAAGAAAGAGAGGGGAGGAGAAGAAAAAGAGAGAGGGAGGGGAGAAGAAAGAAACAGGAGGAGGGAGGGAAACAAGAGAGGGAGGAGGGGAGAAGAAAGUUCAGGAGUGGAGGGGGGGGAGAAGAAAGAAACAGAGAGGGAGGGGAGGGGAGAGAAGAAAGUUGCUCAGAGAAGGAGGGAGGGGGAAAGUUGUUGUUCAGAGAGAGAGGGAGGGGAGAAGAAAAAAAGAGGGAGGGGGGGAGAAGAAAGAAACAGAGAGGGGAGGGGGGAGAAGAAAGAAACAGAGGGAGGGGAGGGGAGAAAGAAACAGGAGGAGGGGGAGAAAGAAACAGGGAGGGAGGGGGAGAAGGAAACAGAGGGAGGGGGAAGAAAGAAACAGGGAGGGAGGGAGGGGAAAGAAACAGGGAGGGAGGGGGAAGAAAGAGGGAGGGAGGGGGAGAAGGAAACAGGGAGGGAGGGGGAGAAGGAAACAGGGAAGGAGGGAGGGGGGAGAAGGAAACGGAGGGAGGGGGAAGAAAGAAACGGAGGGAGGGGGAAAAAGAGGGAGGGAGGGGGGAGAAGGAAACAGGGGAGGGGGAGAAGGAAACAGGGAAGGAGGGGGAAGAAAGAAACAGGGAGGGGGAAGAAAGAAACAGGGAGGGGAGGGGAGGGGGGAAGAAAGAAACUGACAGGGGAGGGGGGAGAAAGAAACUAACAGGGAGGUGGGGGGGGAAAGAAACUAACGGGGGGAGACAUUGACAGGGAGGGGAAUUGACGGGGAGAGAGAAAUUGACAGGGAGGGGAGAGUGACAGGGGAGGGAGGGGGAAUGAGAGUAACAAGGGAGGGGGGGAGAAGAGAGUGACAAGGGAGGGGGGAGAGAUUGACAUCCAUCACACACACACACACAAUCACACACAAUGCACCCCUUACACACAAAGACAAUGAACCCCUUUCACACAGAAAAACACACAAUGCAUUACACACACAAUGCAUUACACACACACACGCAAUGCAACCCUUGCACACCCAGAAACACACAAUGCAUUCCUUACACACACUCAAUGCACCCCUUACAGACUCACACACUUCAUCCCUUACAUACACAGAAACACACCUUGCAGCCCUUACACAUACAAACACAGAUUCACAAAAUGCAUUCCUUACACACAAAUCAGGACAUUCCCUACACACUCCAUCCCCUGUGAACAAACUCAUUGGUGGAAAAUGAAGGUGGACCCUGGGACCCAGACCUUGAGCUGUGUAAAGGGCCCCCAAAAAAUGGAGCUGCUUCUCGUUCUCCCAGAACAUUGAUUUGUGUGACCACAGUUACAAACAGCCUCCAGAGAUCCUGUUAUACACCAGACCAGUGGAGCCAGACUGCAGCUAGAGCCCAUCAUCAUCCUCAUCUGCUUGUAAGUAGGUAAUCUAGUAUAUUAUUCGUGGCACUAAUCUCUAAUUUACCUCACAUUAAAGAAACACUAUAGUCCCCAGAACCACUGCACCUUAAUGUAGUGGUCCUGGUGUCUAUAGCCUGUCCCUGCAGGCCUUUUAAUGUAAACACAGCGGCACUGCAGCACUAGCGUUAGUUAACAUGGCAGGUCAUAUGGGUGGGGCAUUGCGAUGUCACGGGGGGGAGGAGGGGGGCGUCAAACUUUACUUUUGCCUAGGGCGGCAAAAAUCCUUGCACCGGCCCUGUGUAUGUGCCAGUUUGUGUAUAUGUGUGUCAAGAUGUUCAUAAAUGUUUCCAUUGCUGAUUUACAAGAAGGCUACAGAUUUUCAUUAGACUUGUGUCUGUGAUUGUAUAGCUGCUACCCAGUUCGAUAUAGAAAGUCAUGCCUUCUCUGAUUGAUACUGCAGCAGGAUAAGAUUUUAUGUGAUGUAGCACAUUGACUGUCUUGUGCCAUAACUCAUGCAUUGAUUUUGUAAGGGAGGUGUGUAUUUGAACACGUACAUUGAGAACGUUGGCAGAGUAUCAGCCUGUGAGAUAGUGUAUGUGUCAGUGCAUAGCAAGGUAUGUCAUGUUUAUUUUUCCAUGUCAAACUAUGAAAUAAUCCACUGCUAAAGGACUGUAGCGAAAAAUAGGAACAGCAUCCUUCCAUUAGUAUGGCCUUAGUAAUGACUUCAAGGAGGCUUUUUCUGUAAGUAGCAUUAAAAUAUGUCAGUAAAAUGUUUUAUUUGUGUGCGUUUUUCACAGUUUUUCUACACAUUUUUUUUUUUUAAAGGGACAUUCAUAUCAAUUAAGUGGUUAUAGUGUUGAGUCCCCUCUAUUUAAAAUAUUUAUUUACAUACAUUUUUAUCUCUGGAAAGUGUGUGUGUGCACUUAUCAGUUUUAUAUCACAUUCUGUAUCAUUUAUGUAUAUCACACAUUUGUUUUCUAUAUUUACAUGUCAUUAUCUUUGUUUACACAAUAAAUAAGGUAAAAAUACAGUGUUAUGCAAAUUUAUCGCUCUUUAUUUGUAUUAUCAUUUUGCAUUUGCUGUCUGCAAUUCAUUUGAGAAUACAUACACCAGUUGUUUUAUUUGUGUGCAUUUUUCACAGUUUUUCCUAUACAUUUUUUUUUUUUUUUUAAAGGGACAUAACAUCACUAUGUCAAGUGAUGUUUAGGUGCAGACAGGACCGUCAUCAGAAAUGCUCAUUCCCCCUCCCACCUGUUUCGUCUUAUUUCCCAGUGCUAACUGUAGGUCCUUUCAGACUCCUCUCUCUGUUCAAGUGACAGGUCUGUUUUAGAUGUAACAAAGCAUGCUUCUGCCCACCAGUAUUUUAUAUGAUCUUUAAAGGCUUGUUCUUUUAAUGAGAUUCUCUUUUAUAUUUUGUGAUAAUGAAAAGAAAUAAAGGUUUGAGAGGUGGGGAACAGGAGCUCUGUUCCAUGGUAGUUUAAUGUACAAGAAAAAAAAAUAAAGGGACACUAUAGUCACUAGAACAACUACAACUUAUUGUAUUUGUUCUGGUGAGUAUGAUUGUUCCUUUCAGGCUUUUUGCAGUGAACACUGUUUUUUCAGAGUAAAUGCAGUAUUUGUAUUACAGCCUAGUUAUACCUCCACUGGCCACUCCUCAGAUGGCUAGUAGAGGUGCUUCCUGGGGCAGUGCUGUACACUGUGCAGCACUGCCAUUCAGUGCCUCCCCCCUCUGCAUGGAGAUACUGUACUUUCCUCAUAGAGAUGCAUUGAUUCAAUGCAUCUAUAUGAGGAUAUGCUGCCAGGACUUGUGCUGGCUCUGCCCCUGAUCUGCCUCCUUGACAAGCUUAGCCAAUUCAAUGCUUUGCAUCUGAUGAUGUCAGCCAAGCAGGCAGAUCAGGGGCAGAGCGAACCGCAGCAGACUGGAAUAAAAGGAAGAUUUUCUUUUUAUUAUAUUUUAGGGGGGAGGUGGGGGUUUUAGAUGGUGGUUUUAACACUAAAGGAUCAGGAAUACAUGUUUGCCUUUGUUGUACUCAAAUCCUCAAAUCCGCCAACAAAGUGAACACUUAGGCGUUUGAUAAAUGUCUUCCUUCCAUGAUCUCACGUUUUCUGCAGUCUCUGAGCUACCUCAAAUAGAACUUAAAUAAAUAGCAAAUUUUUUACAUUUUAUUUACCUAUUAUGUCCGAGUUCAGUGUGCACAUAUUGAGCUUAGAAAAACGGUAUUUUUGAGAUUUAAUGUAACACAAAUAAAAUCAAAUCUUCACAUUAUAAUAUGUGUGCGUGAGUGCGUGCGUGCGUGCGUGCGUAUGAUUAGACAUGUAUAUUGUAAUUGAUUGCUCUUCCAUUCCUAGAUGAAACCUUUCAAGCAACACAAUCUAAUAUGUGGUUUAUGUAAAAUGGUGUAAAUCUGUCAAUAGCCUUAACCUCUAUGUGGCAGAGGUUGUUGAUUAAAGAUAUAUAACCCUGAUAGUGUUAUUCACUAAAGGGAGAAUUAGCAUGAAUUAGAGUGGAUUUCAAAUCCAAGGCCAAGUAGCAGAACUGGAAGCAUAGCUAAUAUAGCUGAGAUUUUUUGAAAGUUUGUGGGACAGUUUCAGAUGCUUUGUUUGGCGGUCCCAAAAAUGAUCAAGCAUAUCCCCAUAUACCACUAUUUCAUAUUUUCAUCUUUCCUACACAUACCUUAUAUUGUAGGAAAAAAAGCUUUUAUUUCUGCUAAAAACAUGUUUAAAGCAAUAACUUAAGGCAACCUGUGUCUUAAACUAAAAAAUAAUUAAAGAAGAGACAAUCGUACUGUAAAGCCACCAGACAUGGUACCAUGGUCCCUGCUAUUCGCAAACCCUAUGGCAUAAGCUGUCCGUUUACUGGUUAAGGUGCUGGAAUCUCAGGAUGCAAAUAACAACUGAGUUUUCUAACAAUUAUCUUUCAUCAGGAUAAAAAUGGCGAUUUUGUGUUUGAUAGUGUAAUAAUUAUAAUGUUCCAUUGCCAACUGAGGUACUAUGUUGCCCACAUUGAUAUAGUUGGAUGGUAUUAGGCCAGUCGUGAAGCUUCUUUAAAGUACAGUCGUUCAAAGGAACAGGGGGUGUGGGGAAAUUAAUUAAUAGUUUCACCUCCAUAGUGAGUCUUCAUCUGUGCCACCGUACAUUGUCUUUAGACUCAAAAGUAGAUUUAUCUGAAAGGGUUGGUUACAGAAAAGACAUGUGAGAGGGAACGUGGGCUACGGGAGAGAAUCAUGGAGGCACCAUAAGACCAGAAAUUAUACGUAUGUUGGAUUUCAGACAGUCUUUUGUUUGCGGGUGGAAAUUUAGAGGCAGAGGAGAUAAAAUACAUCCUCUAGAUCCAAUUAGACCGCUCCAUCUUAUUGUUCCAUUGUAUGAAUGAAAUGGGCUGCUCCAUAAAAAGCUUCAGGUUUUGAACCAAAAGGCUCACAGCAAGCUUCGUCUUACAGGAGAGGCAAGGGGACCUAUGGUGCCAAAUCAAUAAGAUGCCCUUUUGAAACCUACUAAGAUUUGAGUUGGCAACUGGGACCAGAAUUGGCUCAGAGUAAUAAAGGAUCUAGGGGAAUGUGUUCAUUAUGUAUAUGCAGUCUAGCCAGAAACAGACCGUUUUUAAAGAUGUCAUAUAUACUUCUUUUAUCAAUGUUAUUAUUAAUGUUAUUGUUGGUACAUAUUGUAUUAAUAUUAGAAAUAUGUUUGUGUUGUGCUUCUCGUUUGCACAGACAGGUAUUGUGUAGAAUAAGUGAAAUGUCACGGUGAAACUUUAAUGCAGAAUUAUAAAGCUAGACGGACGUAUACUGCAUACUGAAUAACUGUUCUGCUGGGUCCAACAUGUAUUUUCCUUCCAAGAUUAUAUUUAAUUAUAAUUUGUGUUGGUCUCAGCUCAAAUCAUACAUCAAAAUGUCAUAUCUUCUUGCAUUGUUAAAAUAAAAAAUAUGUGUAUUCUACUCAGACAAUGUGUUAACUUGAGUGUCGGACUGUCAGAUUUUUUCUUAGCUCCCAGUAUGUAAUCAAUUAACUAACUAAUCAUAGCUGCGAUGGUAAAUGAAUAGUGAUGUCCCGAACGGAUCGCCGAACGGUUCGCGAACGGUUUGCCACGAACGGUUCGCCACGGACUCAUCAUUGAGUAAACAUUGACCCUGUACCUCACAGUCAGCAGACACAUUCCAGCCAAUCAGCAGCAGACCCUCCCUCCCAGACCCUAAAACCUCCUGGACAGCAUCCAUUUUACAUUCAUUGUGAAGCUGCAUUUUUAGUGAGCUGUCCAGGAGGUGGAGGGUCUGGGAACCAUUCGGGACAUCACUAUAUAUGAACAACCCAGAUUACUUAAUUCAUUUAAUGUUAGACUUCAUUAUGCAUUCUUCAUACUGCUGGGCAGUACUUUCAAACCCAGUCAUGGUAUGGCAUGGUAUGGCAAUCUGUUAACCCUACCUCUGUGUAGGAGGUACUGGGGUAACCAUGGAAGGAUUCUUAUUUCUAGAGUUCAAGAAGAGGGGGAACUCUUGCUAUGGACCCCAUUGGCUGGGUAUUCUGAAUGGAGGACAAGAUAUCCACCCAGUAGGGUAAGCAUGGGGCCUGUUGAAAUGUGAGGUACAAGUAGCUAUAACAGAGCUCCUUAGCAAUAAUACUCAGUAAUGCCUCUUUAAACUAAAAUGUGUUUAAUAAUCAGUGUGGGUAAAUAAGAUACAUUGUUCUUGUUCUAUACCUUGCAUAAAUUAUUAUUAGUAAGUCGCCUAAAAUUUCUCAGCACAAACCCCACCAUUCGACUGAUCCCCAUUCACCUCUAAAAUUAGAGUGCCUUCUUUGUCUAUUUGAAAUGAGAAGUUAUGUAUUUGUCUUGCACUAGUAAUAACUCACUUUUUCAAUUUUCUUUCCAGAUGGGUAUUUGUGGUAAAGAAAGGUUAUCAGGACACGGAUACAUCCAUCCAAAGUUCCGUCAUUACCAAAUUGAAGGGAGUGGCAUACACCAAUACCACUGAACUUGGCGAGAAACUGUGGGAUGUGGUGGAUUAUGUCAUACCACCUCAGGUCAGUACAGAACUAUAGAUAAAAGAGACAAAAAUAUAACAAUGAAUAUAACUGGUUUCAUUGUUUUUCUUUUUUUAGGGAGAAAAUGUAUUUUUUGUAGUAACAAACUUGAUUGUGACACCUAAUCAGAGGCAGGGAACAUGCUUCGAGGUAAGGACAAUAUAUCUUCCUCUGUCAUUUAAAAAAUAUUUUCAUCACAAGGUGAGGGGGAGUGGUCAUGUUAGGGGGAGAUUUCAAUGCAGUGCCGUGUCCGGCAGCCGUCAGGAGCUCAAGACGGGCGUGCCGCGAUCUCACGGGAGAGGAACACAGAACAAACUAAUGCACACCUUCCUAGGACACACAGGACUACUUGACACGAGGUGGCUACAACACCCAGGCACACUGGAUUAUACAUUUUAUUCGGCACCCCAUCACACCUAUUCCAGAAAAGACAAUAUUUUAAUCAACGGACCGGGAAUAGCCAAGUUCCUACACUCUGAAAUUAACAGUAUUACAUGGUCAGACCAUGCAGACAUCACGGUCACUCUUGAUAGACUCAAAUACACCUCUAAUUGGACUUGGAAAGUAAACACGAGCUUACUAGAUGAUGAAGGUAUAACCAACUCAUUGACUGAGACCCUCAAGGACUAUUUUGAACACAGUAGUACACAGCCACACACUAAAAAAGACAAACAACUACACAGUUACUAGAAUUACAGACAGCCCUGAGGAAAGUGGAGCUCCAGCACAAGGCAAAUCUCACAGCAGACAAACUGAACGAACUUAAUGCCCUCAGACAUUCCAUUAAGAACUUUCACUGGAGGGAGUGGCCCUCUCCAUCCUAUUAUCCAGACGCACAUUUUACGAGAAGUCCAACAAAAUGGGCACUCUAUUGGCACGGUCACUACAACCAAGACAAGGGUUCCAGCACAUAACUAAUAUCCUCACACAGUCAGGGGACACAGCAGAAACUCCAGACAACAUUAACAAAGUCUUCACACAAUACUAUUCGACACUCUACAAUCAUUCCCCACUCCAAGACGGGCUUAACCCCGAAUAUAUAGUGGUUCUUUCUUCUCUGGCACGGACUUGCCGAGGGUGACAGGGGAAGACACGGAGAAACUAAAGGCACCAAUCACACCUCUAGCAGUAAAAGCCCUUAAAGGUAAUAAAGCUCUGGGACCGGACGGAUAUAGUGCAGGAUACUACAAAAAAUUCAGGGACAUUCUAACCCCUCAUUUCACUACCCUCUUUAACCACUUCAUGAAAGGGGGGACUCCGGACUCAGAUAUGGCCCUCGCAAACAUCGUUCUCCUACCCAAACCAGACAGGGACGCAGCACAGGCGGCUAACUACAGACCUUUUUCCCUGAUCAACUUUGACUUGAAACUAUACGCAAGCAUACUGGCUUCUAGGCUUACGUCACUCUUAACAUGACUCAUACACCCAGACAAGGUGGGCUUCAUGCCUGGAAGGCAAAAAUAUGACAACACUAGACGAAGCACGGUCUUAACAUGGCACAUGGGAGCAUCGGGGAGGCCUUCUCUGAUGCUCCCUUUGGACGCCGAGAAGGCCUUCGACAGGGCUAGGCCUUAUCUGUUUGGCCUUCUCAUAGCAUGGGCCUUCCCGGAGGCAUAAUACACCACAGCGAUCUGAGCCCUAUACUCACACCUGAGACCAUCAUCACAGGAGCUAAGCAUUCCCCAUUCCCCUUACACAACGGAACAAGGCAGGGAUGCCCGCUGUCUCUACUACUGUUCGCACUCUCACUGGAGCCACUUCUCCAGGCGACAUCCACAGAUAAAAGGGUUACUUUGGCUGGUAAACAGUUCAAGGUCUCCACAUACGUGGAUGACGUCCUCCUUACUCUUACAGAACCAAUGCAAUCGCUGAGCUUCUAGACCAGUACAGUAGUGUCUCAGGAUAUAAGGUAAAUUUGACAAAGUCUAUGGCGCUGCCGUUCCACCUCUUGGCUCCGGACAUGGCACUGAUACACACUAAAAUUAAACUGCACAUAGCCAGAGAUACACUCCAAUAAUUAGGGGUAAAGCUUACAUCAGACCACACACAAUUAUACAAAUACAACUAUCCACCGCUGCUUAACACCCUGAUCUGUGAUUUGGAACUGUGGACAGAAAAAAACGAUCUCUUGGAUCAGGAGACUACAUACAGUAAUAAUGAACAUAAUGCCUCGGCUCCUCUUCCUAUUCAGUCACUACAGGUGAAAGUCACACGAGGGGAUCUAGCUCAUUUAUAGCACGCCAUAGACACUUUUUUUUGGAAAAGAAAGCGCCCCAGAAUAGCAUGCGCCCUGCUUUACCACCCCAAGAACAGGGGGGACUUGGGGUUACCACACUUAUAUAUAUCAUAUGAUCACAAGCUCACUGUAGUCUAUUCUUCAUGUCCCUAGCCAAGUGCAGCUGAAAUUGCUGAGUUAAUCACGAAUUCCCCCCAAAAAUCUCCCAAAUCUCUGGAUAUUUUAGCCUAUAUUGUACAAUUUGUUUUCCGAUUCCUUACAUUUGGAUGUUUAGUAAUUGAUCCUGAUAUGUUUACUUUGUAGAAAUAUGUGUAUACAGAUACAAUUAAUCAAUGAAAACUAUCAUAGGAAAGGAUAGAAUAGUUUUGAAAUUAUAUAUAGUUUUUUUAAUUCAACCUUCAGAGUUAUGGGAUCCCAGAUGCCGUGUGUUCCAAAAACACAGACUGCACAGAAGGUGAACCAGUUAUAGCUGGCAAUGGUAAGAAGUAAUAUAUUGCUCUCAAUUAAUGGACUCUCGCUAAUGGGCUGGCAACAUCACAUUUUCAUUGCGCAAAUUACAUUACUAAAAAUAGCAAAGUAACAAAACCAUAGAGGAAAUUGCAUUAAUUAAUUGAAUUAUUUAGUGCCAAUUGCCACAAGAUGCAAUAUAUAAAAUAAAUAUGAAUGGUAUGCAGAGAUUUUCCAUAACCCAAGUAUACACACUGGAUAGAUUGCUACAAUCAGAAAGACUAGUACUUUUCUUUGAGGGAGAAUUCAAGCCAACAAUGAUUUUAUGGGCAAGCGUCCAUUUUCACCACUUUACAUAAUCUCCCAUCAUCUAAGUUUGGUCAGUGAAGACCCUAUUCCAGUGAUGACUAUGCCUGCCUAGAUACAACUUUAAGGUUAGCUAAGCAUCAUGGGAAAUGUAAGUACAAAACAUCUGGAGCAUAGUUCUGAUUUAGCAAAAACCUUGAUAGAGCCCAGCUUUUAAUACAGAAACAAAAAAACUGAGUGAGUGAUUUAUUUGCAUGUAAAUUUAUCAGAAUUCACUUUAAUUCCAAGUUGUGCGCCAAAAGAGACAAACUGGAAACAUUUUCUUAGCCAGUUAUGUUUCCAAUUCGGCUACUCUGGCCAAACAUGUGAAAUUCUCUUUGAAUUCAUGACAUGUCACACUUUGGUGCCUUUGUCAGUGUAGAGUCUUCAAGAACUAAAUUGUUUAGAUGACCCAGACUGUUAUUAGUCAUUGAUGAGUUAAAGCCUUGCAUACAGUGUUGAAAAAAGACUGCAAUAGCAUUUCACUUAGGGAAGCUUUUAAAAAAUGCAUGAUUCAGAGUUACGUUGGAUAAAAUAAUAAUCAAAUCUGCCUUCUACGGGACUUAUUCACUAAAUAUAGAAUUGUUGUGAAUUGGCUGUAGAAUUGACUAAAUCUAUUUCAAAACAACUUCUUUACUUCUUUUAAUUGGCUGUUUCAAUCAAUCUAAAUUUGACAGUUUUCUAUUUAGUGAAUAAAUCUUAUAUACUGCAGCAAAUGUGAAUACAUUUGUUGUGCACAGUUCUUAGGGGUACCCAAAUGUUUUGUCUAAAAUCUAUGUAGACUGCAAUUAUUUUUUUUAGAAAGUAGGGACUAUGUUGUGUCAUGUACCAACCAGCCUAAUUGUUUAAUAGACAUUUUGUCUGCUGUAAGGCAGUAAAUGAAAGGGGCUAAACAACAGUAUGUAAAAUGUUUAUAUUGCUCAAGGGGCAUCAAUUAUCAAUUAUUAUUUUAUAUUUAAUUACUUAAAGGAACAGUGCCUUCAAUGUUUUAAAAAUAUGUUAAUAUAAUCUUUAUGUUAUAAUAUACCAUCUUAUUAUUCUUUUUAAAUUCCUGUGUAUUGGAUUUUUUCAGAAAUCUCUACAUUUGUCAGUCCAUCUUUCUGACAGCCAUUUUGUUAUUCAUUCUUGGUCAGAUUGUCAGAUAUCUGAUUGUUCACUAUUUUGUAGCUGUCCGUUGCUUUUCAAAAAUGGUAUGCUUUGUGUCUGAAACAUUUUCUGUCUGGUAAUUUGGAAAAGCAGCAGAUGUUUGCAAAAUAGAGAGCAUAAGGUUAGAUAACUGACAAUCUGACCGAAGGUGCAUAAAGAUGGCUGUCGAAAACAGGGAGCGGAAAGGUAUGCAAGGAAUUUAUAAAAAAAUAAAAUAAAUAAAAUUCAACAUACAUGAAUUAAAAUAAAAUAAUUAGAUGGUGUACUAUAACAAAAAAUUAUGUUAAGAUCAUUUUUUAAAAAGCAUGAUGGGUACUUUAUCGCACAUGGAGUAACCUAUAGGAACUGGCAUGUUUACAAACAAACUGCACUAUUUAUAUGUUUGUCUAAUAGCAUGAAAAUAUUUUAGCUGACCAAAAAAAAAAAAGAGAAAAUUUUGGAAAUGCUAUAAGAUCAAUGUAAAAUAAUGAUAUGGGAUAUAGAUAAGAUAUUUAACUUUGUUUACAGGAGUUAAGACAGGUCGUUGCUUGAAGUCGGGACCGGUUAACACCACUGGAAUCUGUGAAAUAUUUGCCUGGUGUCCCGUAGAGAAGAAGAAAAGGCCAAAGUAUGUGAAAAAAAAAAUACAAAGAAGUAGUAUAGCCCUCACAUAUUCAGAACUGGGCUUCAGUAUCUAGAAACCAAUAAAGCUCAUAUACUGCUUGAUUGCAUGAAAUUGAAGAGUCAUAUUUAUAAAUUAUUUGGGGUAAUACAUUUUAAAUUGAUUUAUCCAAAUAGCCUUUAAAUCUGUAUUUUACUCACCUCUACAGUAUAAAGCCUUUGAGACACUGAAUCAAUAUAGAGAAUGCAAAUUAAAAGCUGGCUGAACUUAACAAAGCUGUAACACAAUCUGCCCAGUACACAGAUACUUGUAUUAUUCUUGCGGCAACAGAUGUCACUGUUAGCUGACCACAGAAAAGCAUAAAUAGUGAUUUGCAACUUAUUUGGGUGUAAACAGUACAAUGAGCAACUGGUAAACAAAAGCUUAAUAUAUUAACCGUCAAUUAUAUAAGAGGGCAAUCCAGUCUGAAAAAAAAAUCCACUGAUUUUGAAGGUAUUGUAUAUUAUUAUUAUUAUGGCCAUUUAUAUAGCGCCAACAGAUGCUGUAGCGCGUUACAAUAUUAUAAGAGGGGGGGAUUUAACUAUAAAUAGGACAAUUACAAGAAAACUUACAGGAACGAUAGGUUGAAGAGGAACCUGCUCAAACGAGCUUACAAUCUAUAGGACAGUAUAUAGUGCUUAAUAAAUAUUCAGUCAAUAAAACAUGGAUCUACGGUAAUUGAAUCAUUAGUCUCUUGUAGUUUUAUCAGCCACUCUUGCUUUAAGAUUCUCACAUUGAAUGGUGAAAUGAUAAUGUGCAUUUGUGUAAUGUAAGAUGCACAAAUGUAAAGAUGUCUCCCAUUGAUUUUAUUUUGCUUAAUAAUUUAAAUUGUUUAAUAAUUAGGUUGUGUGGACUAAGCAAGUAACAGGGUGUUUUACUAAAGUGAGGAUUCGAAAAGUGAAUUUAUAGUGAAUUUCCAAGCAAAUCUGAAUUAGAGAAUUGUUCAAUUUUUUUUCACAUUAAAUUUGAAAUUCACUUUGAAUUUACACCGAAUUCUCACUUUAGUGAAUAACGAGAGAUUUUAGCUUAUGUUUUUAUUUUGGCAGCUUUAGAUAUUAUUUAUGUGCUUUAUUCAACUUUUUUUCCACCCAUAGGAUUCCACUAUUAGGAAAAGCAGAGAACUUCACGGUCUACAUUAAAAACUCUAUACGCUUCCCAAAGUUUAAUUUUUCAAAGUAAGUGGCCAAUUGCUUAAAACAGACUACGCAAAUCAGACACACAAAAAAAAUUACUUUCUUGUUUUGAAGAUUCAAUUAUCACAGCUAAGAAAAACCCUAGAUUUCAAUACACUACAAUUUAAUGGUGGGUAGAAAUGAUUGAAGCCUAAUAUUGUUCUGUUUUUAUUUUUAGUUUAUUUAUUUAUAUAAUUCAUACCACUCCCCCCAGCUAUGAUCUCUUCUGCAUUUGGAUUGGUGGAAAGGAACAAGAAGCAAAGCCCCCGUUUCACUAUUAUGAUUGGACGCUUAUAGAAUCAGCAACAUUCAUAGACAUUCCAAACACAUGAUGCAAUAGAACUAUGUGUUUCCCAAGAGUUGAGUCAAACCGAGGUGUAAGGGCUUCACUGCAGAUAUGGAGAAGUAGAAUGUCUAUAUCUAAAUGAUGUGUGAUAUGUCUAUAUCUAAAUGAUAUGCAGUGGAAGAAAUAAAUCAAUGGCAGGUAUGAAGUGGGUAUAUUUUUAUUUACAUGAUUUUGUUUCUACGCUUUUUCUGUUAAGGACAAAUAUAUUAGACACAGACGACGACUCAUUUCUGAAAAACUGCCGAUUCAGUGAAGAGAACCAUUACUGCCCCAUAUUUCAUCUGGGGAAGAUUGUAUCCUGGGCUGGAAGCGACUUUCAAGACAUGGCAGUUGAGGUAAAUCUCGGUUGUUUUAUAAAUAAAAAAAUAUUUCCACUGGGCUUCCAGGUAAGGGUGAAGCGCUGUGUGCUCCGGCAUUAGCUUGGGGUAGCCAUACAAAUGCCUGCAUUCUUCGGCACUAUCAUCAUUGGGGUUACAAAAUUUUCAAGCACAAACCCAUUGUUCAUUUUCAAUUAAUCCAAUCAAUUAUUGGAUUGUGCAACAAAAAAACAAAAACAGAAGUGACUGUUCCCCGCUGAAGAGCUCUCGCAUGAGAAAAAGGCAGUGUAUUUGUUCUGUGCAGUGCAAAUUUAAUAACACUUGUGCUGCAUUUGCUUGUGACUUGUUUCUGGUGUUUCCAUAAGUAGGAUACCAGAGACAAAAGGGCCAGGAAAGUGUUUGGAUUGUGUGUGUGUGUGUAGAGUGAGCUGAUUGUGGUGUGUUGUUUUGUGUAAAAAGGUAGGUUUCAGCUGUGUUGUCGUUUUGGUGUAAUAUGUGUGACUCAGGUCUAUAAAGAAUGAGAGAGUGUAUGUGUACAUGGGGCAUAGUGCGUAUAGAGGCUGUAGUGUAUGUGUACAUGGGGCAUAGUGCGUAUAGAGGCUGUAGUGUAUGUGUACAUGGGGCAUAGUGCGUAUAGAGGCUGUAGUGUAUGUGUACAUGGGGCAUAGUGUGUAUAGGGGCUGUAGUGUAUGUGUAUAUGGGGCAUAGUGUGUAUAGGGGAUGUUGGGCAUAGCGUGUGUAUAGGGGCUGUAGUGUAUGUGUAUGUGGGGCAUAGUGUGUAUAGGGGCUGUAGUGUAUAUGUGUAUAAGGGCUGUUGUCUGUGUGUAUAGGUGAUGUAGAGGCUAUAGUUAGUGUAUUUAUGGAAUGUAGUGUGUGUUUGCGUACAGGGAAAGUAGUGUGUGCAUAGGGGAUCCAGAGUGUGUUUGUCAGAAUUGCAAUGUGUUUGAUGGGUGCAGCGUGUGUGUGAGGGGUGCAGUGUGUGCCCGAGGGGUGUAAUGGGAGGACUAAGGGUUCAGUGUGUGAGAGGUACAAUGUAUGGAAGUGCUGGGAGGUAUACAGCCUGUAUUGUGUGUGGUGGGUUAAUCAAAUUAUUAUUAUGUCAUUUCAAAAAGUAAAUAUCCCCCUUCCCUUCUUACCUUUGGCCAGGGAGGGGGGACAUUGCAAGCCCUGGGUGUCCGUUGGUAUUGAGUGACUCUAUCCUUCAGCUCACUCUCGUAAGAUCCUGCACUGGUGGACUUUUCCUGUUGCAGCCACAGCAAAGCCCCGAGCUGAACUGCAUGUUUGAUCUCAAAACCAACCCGUGAAAGCAGAGCUGGCUCAUGGGCUGGCAGCGUAGAUCCUCUUAUCUCACCUGUCUUCAUCGGCCUAUGGUCAUCACGACCCACCAGGCAUUUUCCCGGUUUUCCCAUUAGCCAGUCCGGCCCUGGUCACAGACAACAUUGUUAUGAGAGGGACCUAUCUAUUCUUAUACUUAUUAUACCUCAUUUUACAUUAAUAUGUCUUGACUACUUCAAAAAAAUCACAGAUUAUAAUGGAGGGUGAUCUCAUGACAGGUAAGUGUGUAACUGUGAAAUGCUUGCAAGGUCUCCUGCAGAAAUCUUUCACAGAUUUCAGACUCCACCUUGUGGUGUUAUGCUAUAGCUGCAUUCACAAUUUAAGUUUUCUGAAUGAAGGUUGAUGAGUAUGUGUAAAUGAUGAGGAGUAAAUCAUUUUUUAUUUUUUUAACUUGUAAUUUGCAGUUCAGAGGCUACUAUUCAAAUAAGGGAAACUUUUAUCACUUCUCUGUUUGUUUAUUUAUUUAUUUAAACAAUCAAUAACUGACUUACAGAUAACAAUACGUGUGUGUGAGGCUGCCGUGGCACAAUCAUUGUAUAGGAUGUACGUUAGCAAGUCUCUUGUAAUUUUAACUCAGACAUCAUCUGGCCUCAGACAACGUACUGUAGCAACACUGUACCCAGUGCAUUGUGGAGACCCAUGUGAUACUUGGAAGAGUCUAAUUAAUUUGUUUUCCAGAAUGUUAUCACUGAACAAUGGAUGGCCAAACUAAUGUCAUGUAUGUAAUAUGGUAACAAAUGUCAAUAUACAGACCAGACCCACUGGUCUAUAGCCCAUCACUAGGUUUGAUACCUGUAAUACAUUACUAAAUGUGUACUAAGUACUCUAUACAUGUCAUUGGGACUGCUCUAACUUUAGGAUUUGUUUAGGUUUCAUAAAACUGCAUAACCAAAAACCCAUUUCUACUACUUAGUAUGUUCGUAUUUUUUUGUUUAUUUGAUGACCGUUUUAAUAAGAUUGAGAACAGCUUUUCUCUGAAAAGGCAGCAUUUACAUUGAAAAGCCUGCAGGGACAGGCUAUAGACACCAGGACAAUUACAUUAAACUGUAGUUGUUCUGGUGACUAUAACGUUCCUUUAAUAUUGGGUCCUUAUAAUGCCUUUACUACCAGGCUGUGAUGAAUGCCUUAAAUGUGGGACUAAUUUCGAAAGUCAAGGAGUACAUUAGAAACAUGGAAAGCAGUAUUAUUCACAGAGCGGGUUAAGAAUUAAAGACGAGUUAAAGAGAUAAUAGAAGUGUAGGAAUCAGAGUAAAAGAAUAGAAUGGAAUGCCUGAGCUCACACUAAGAUAUAAGAGAUAAGUAGUUUGAAAGAUUAGAAGAAAGAGGCUGAAAGAUAGAGAGUAGAAAUAUAAGAGUUCCGCUAUAGGCUAUAAUACAGAAGAAGAUUUGUGUUGUCAGCUUUAUUCAUGAAAUCGGAUAUUUCCAUUCAGCCAAGGAUCCCACAUUUUGUGAAAGGAUUUAAGGGUGUCAUGUUGUUGUGAUCUAAGUUUAUCCAUUUCUAUGGCUUCUUGUGUUUUCUUCACUAUUGUAGCCAUGGAACGGAUCCCUACGUUGGCUGUUUACUGCUCUGGUAAAAGAGUCAAUAGACCUCGAUAUGCUCUUUUUUUUAAAAAAGGCCAAAUUUAGCAAUGUAUUGAAAGGAUUGGAGACUGGAGGAGAAUCUAAGGGAGGUCCACACAAGUCAUACCAUUAUAGAGAACCCCUAAAGGUGAAAGUUGGGGUGUUUCUCUAAUUCUUCGAAGUAUAAGCACAGUGCGUGUUCAUGGCUCAUUGUAAACAUGCCUCUCUUUUAUCAGGGUGGGGUCAUUGGAAUUCGAAUUGAAUGGGACUGUGACCUUGACAAAGAUGCAUCGGAAUGCCAUCCGCACUAUUCCUUCACUCGUCUAGAUAAUAAAUUUACAGAGAAAUCAGUGUCUUCUGGGUACAAUUUCAGGUAUUGACAGACUGCCAGCAUUUAACCAGUAUAUUAUUCAUUUUACAUCCAGCAAUGAUUGGAAAGAAAGAAAGUAAGAAUAGAAUUAAGAAAUCAAUAGGAGUAUAUGGUACAGCAAUGUAUGCAUAGGCUGCACACUAUCCUAUCACAUAAAGUCAAAUAAUUAUAUUUGAAAGAAAAGGCAAUAUUUUUUGAAUGCUGAGUCAUAAAGGACGUUCAUUUUCAUUUAAACAUAACAAAAAAAAUAAUAGGACUUUUUGACACUACCAAACAUGUUGUCCUUUAAAAAGAAAAUCACUCCAGUGAUAAAUAAACAAGAAAAAUAAUGAGAUUUUAUAUUCUUCAUUUUGUGAUUAUAAACUAACCUAAAGUCUUGAUAAGGAAGUAAAUAAAAGGACAAGGUGGAAAAUGUGUGCCUGAUUCAAGGUGUGCUGGGCAUUCUCUUAUACAUACCAAGAAUGUUUAUCUUAUCUUGUAUGUUACAAAAUAACUGAUUUUUCUUCCCAUCUAUCAUAUUUACUGCCCCCUGCUUUCUUUUUUAGUUACCUUAGAUUGGCUUCCUCAAACUCCGGCCCUCCAAAUGUUGUUGAAGUACAACUACCAUGAUUCUCAGCCUAUCUAUUUCAUUCAUAGAAUCAUGAGAGUUGUAGUUCAGCAACACCUGGAGGGCCGAAGUUCGAGGAAGCCUGCCUUAGAAGCUAUAAUUGUUUUGUUUUUGUCAUGACUGUUCUCUUACCCUAAACCGGACCAAAACUGGACCUCUCCUAAAUGUAUAAUUUUGGCCAUGGGUUAGGCAUUAUUCAUUCCCAAAAUAUUUGCAGAUACAUACAUAUUAAAUGAGUUCAUUGAUAUAUAUAAUCAUUGUCUUAAAAAAAAAACCCUCUAAUGCAACAAAUGAGAAAUGCUACCUAAUUUUUCAAGCAUUUUGUCAAAAUCUAGAAUGAAAGGUCUUAUUUAGACUGAGAAUACGCAUGUGCUCACCUUUUUAGUUAUCAUAGAAAUUGCAAAUUUUAUUUUUCCUCAGUUUUCGGAUCAACAGUGAGAACAAGCGAAAGGCUGAACUAUGUUAAAGGACAAUCUGACAUCAUCACUUAUUAUUCAUACAUAUUGUAAAAAAGCUACCUGAAGUGACGAAAAAUCUCAAUAUUAACCAAAUAUAUAUUUUUUCUAAUUUAGCUUUUUUUGCCUUUUAUACCGGUAAAAAAUUGCUUUGUAUUUGAAUUCCAGAUUUGCAAAAUAUUACAGAGAUGCAAGUGGAAUAGAUUAUAGGACGAUGAUUAAAGCUUACGGCAUUCGCUUCGACAUCCUAGUAAAUGGCAAGGUAUGCAUUGUGUCAAUAUCAUUUUAAUUUAUGCAGCGCGAUCUUGAUUUUCAGUUAACAGAUUAUCAUGCUAUAUCAGAUUAUCAUUGUGUGUUAAACAAUUUUUGCAUUGAAAUUGUUUCCUUUGCAGUCCUAAUUUUACCACCAUCGGCCAAUGGAGGUUGGUCAGUGGUGGUAGAUGUGGUGGUUGGUCAAUGGGGCCAGUUGCCAGUGAUGGUGGUCAGUGGCGAGAGUAGCUUGCAUGAGUAGUUUUUGGCAUUGGUGGUUAUAGUUGGCAUUGGUACUAGUAUUAGGCAGUAGUUAUAGUAGUGUGCAGUGGUGGCAGUUAUCAUAGUUGUCAGUGGUGGUGUUUGUUGUAGUAGUUGUCACUGGUGGUUGUUUCCAGUUGUAGCAGUAGUGGUAGUUGUCGAUACAGAUGCUUGGCAGUGGAGGAGUUGGCAGUGGUGGAAAUAGUUGGUAAUGGCUGUAGUAAUUAGCAGAGUAUAUUAUUAUAUUGUAUUGAGGGUAGUAGUAUUAGUCAUCAGUGGUUGUGAUUGUCACUGGUGGAAUUUGUCAUUGAUAGUUGUAUACAGUGGUCUUUGUUGGCAAUUGUGGCACUAUAUGGCUGAAGUGAUAGUUAUGGAUAGCAGUGCCAAUGGUAAUAGUAGCAGUGGCUACAAUGGCUGGCAGUAGUGGUAUUAGCUGUCACGGAUGGUAAUAGUCAUCAGCGAGGGCAGCUGGCAGCGGUGGUAAAUUAUGUAACCCUGAAUAGGGCCAGCAACAAACGUGAUAUAGCGGCAUUCUCAUUACUAGCCUAGACCUCUCCUAACGUCUUCCACACAGAAACCACAUCUCUUAGCUGCAACAAAUAACACUGUUACUUUAAUAGAUUUGGUGCUUCCACGCAUGACCAGUAGUGAUGUCACGAACCGGUCAGCUGACACAUCCCUGCCAAUCUCCAGCAGACCCUCCCUCCCAGACCCUCCUACUUCCUGGACAGCAUCCAUGUUGAAAGCAGCUUCAACAUGGAUGCUGUCCAGGAGGUGGGAGGGUCUGGGAGGGAGGGUCUGCCGGAGAUUGGCAGGGAUGUGUCAGCUGGCCUGAGUUCGCCACGAACGGUUCGUGGCGAACCGUUCGCGGCAAGUUCGCGAACGGCUCGCGACAUCACUAAUGACCAGAGUGAAGCAGUGAUCUCGAUUACUCUAAAUAUACAUAAGAGCUGCUGUUAAAUAACUAGUACUUUCCUUGCUGAAAUCAUAUCUGUAAACAUUGACGGUAUAGAGUACUAUUGCGCCUGAAAUUGUUAAAUUAACUGCCAGGUCAUAAAUUGUAGCUAAAAUCAAGGUCUUCUAGAAUGUUACUUUAUUUUAAUAUAUAUUUUGUAUCCACUUGCAGGCAGGAAAAUUUAACAUUAUUCCAACAAUUAUCAACAUUGGAUCGGGGCUGGCACUAAUGGGAGCGGUAAGGACAAUUGAAAACUUGAGGAAGAAUGAUAAGGACUUUGGUUGUUAAUAUAGUGUCUGGGAUGUUCUAAGGCAGUACAUCUCGAACAGCCAUCAGCAUGUAUUCUGUUAGACUAUUGGUAAAAGCUGAAAAGCUUGGCCGAUUUUUGGCCCUGUGCUAAGUAUUAUUAAUGUUCCAUCAUGGAACUAAGUAAAACCUCAUAUAACAUUAGAGUAAAUACACUAUGAGCUGAUCUUGAAGCUCUUCAUAUCAACCUUUUAAUAGGAAAACCACAAAGACUGUACAGAGCCGCUGUUGACAGCCAAAUGGCUUUAACAACCAAACAACAUUUAUAUAUGUGGAAGAUCUGAGACACUUGUAUUAAAGGAAAACUGCCAUUAUUAUUGUAUGAUUAUUUUAAAAAAAUUGCAUAUAUUAAAGUCUCUCUGUAUGGAAUUUUAGAGCAUAUAUUUAAGUAAACAUCACUUCUUAAUGUGUUUCUUGGCUCACCCUUGCUCCUUGGAGGCAGCCAUCUUUAACAGGGUUAUUUACCAAAUUGAGAAUUCAAAGUGAAGUUCAGACUUAAGGCCAAAGUAGCUGAAAUUUCCCAGUUUGGCUAAUUUUUCUUUUCAUUUUAAAUUUACUUUGAAUUCUCAUUAAAUUCUCACUGUAGUGAAUAAUUCUGAUUGCUUUCUAUGCCUGAGAGGCCAAAGGCAAUAUAAAUAUUAGAGAGUUAGUCUAUGUUACUUAAUCCUUAUACCAUGGAUAUGCUUUGAGCUGGUUUCAAAGAGGAACUGGUUUCAAAGAGGAAUUGUAACACAAUCUGAAGUGACAGUUUCCCUUUAACUGUUCUUAUCUUUCGAUGUAUAACCAAAGAGGAUUUCAAGAUGGCUGCCCCUAAGGUUAAACCUGAAAAUGCACUAAAACAGGAAUGCACUUAUGCUUAUAUGUAUGGCUUAUGAAAUAAUACACAGUGUUGUUUAUUAUCUAUUCUAUAAUAACAAUGGUGGCAGUAUUUUUUUUUUUUUGUUAAAUAGAUCAUAGAUACACUAUAGAUACCACAUAGUCAUGGCUAAUUUAUCCAGCUACGCAUAGACUUCUAAUACGUCUUUCAUGUUCUAGAUGUGAUGCAGUCAAAAAGAAACAUCUAGAACACGUGUUUUACUCUGUAUGUGGCCCAAUAUCCAUACAACUGAGGAAUUCCAGUAUUUUCCUUUAUAAAAUGUAUUCCUCCUUACCCAACGUUAAAUAUUUGUCUGAUUCUGGUAUCUUAUAAAGAUUGUUGGCAUAGGCACAUGUAUGUCAGCAAACACAUUAAAACUAUUCUCCACCUACGUUGCAGGGGGCGUUCUUCUGUGACCUUGUGCUGCUAUAUUUGAUCAAAAAGAGUAAUUUUUACAGGGACAAGAAAUUCGAAGAAGCAAAGUAAGUAGAUUUUGAUUCAAGUAUUAACAGUACUAUUUGUCAAGUUUAUUUUAUAAGUAAAGUCACUGCAAUUGUAUGGUACUUUUUACAUUUUAAAUAUUUUGCAGUUAAUCACACAGUUAUUACUUUUUAUUUAGUAAUAAUUACGUGAUUUUCUUAGAUUCUAAGCACCAAGACCACCAAACCUCAGAAAUGUUUACGCAUAUACAUAUACACAUACAUGUGUCAAAAAAAAUCACACCGCUAACUGUUUGAUAGGCAGCCAACAGGAGCGCUCCCUCCAUUAAAAUUAUCACUUUUCAAAGGUCUUCACUUGUGCCAUCAUCGCACACACCAUGGUGACGCUGAAUAAGGCUAAUGCAUUGGAUUGGCAGAUCUCGGUUGGCAAAUGCGCUGUAGGUCCAAAAUUCUUCUAGUGGUCAUUUUUGAAUGAUUAAUGCCUUCUUGAUUUACUCCCAUUUUCUUCUUAAAAAUAAUUUCUGGUUAAUGUAAGGUUGUUGUAUAUCAUUUUAUGGUUAUCAGGUAUGCAGAGUUUUAUGAAAUCAUAAGGAAUUCACUAAAAGUGAUAAAAGUGUGGAUUUCAUCAAAAUCUGUGAGAAAAAAAAAUUAUAAUGGGUAGAACAGAACCUUUGUUCGGAACCUGAAUUUUUGCAAUUUGCUAACAAAAAAAAAAAAGUUUAAAUCUUUUCUGUUUCAGGAUAUUUUUGAUUUGUAAUGGAACAUAAAAAAAUUACACUGUGGAAUUGCAAAGAAGAAUAGAAAAUACUUGAUAAUGACUUGACAAAGGCCAAAAUGUUGUCAUUGUAUAUUGGUGAUCCAAUUAAAGUCUGCACUUACCCACUGAAAGUGUGCUAGGCUUAUUUUGACUACAGUGAAGAUAUAAAAGGUUCUGCCACUCCUCUGUACAGUAGCACCAACACUGGACUUAUAUCGCUCACUGCAUUCAAUGUGCAGUCCCAUUAUCUUGGGAUUUAAGAAAAAAUAACUGGGACCUGGAUGCAUGUAGCACAAGAGAGUGUUUGCCACUUUUCUUUUCUUUUUACAGAACAAAUUAUACACGAUGAUGCCCUCUAUAUUACAAUGAUUGCUUGUAACACUAUGAUCGAUAAUGACUUGGUCAUUUUACAGUUCAACUUAUUAGCAAAAGAGACAGCAGCGUCGUCUUGAAUCAAUAAGCCAGCGAAGGGAUCUGGACGCCAAAUCAGAAUUACAAGAUGAAAGUAAGCCGUAACAAAGCACAAUCUUAACAAACAUGAAAAAGAAAGCCUUACACAUUUUCUAUGAACACUUUGCGGCCUUGACAAAUAUGAUGAAUUUGGUCUCCAUCAAAUUCAAUUCAAGAUCAACAGAGUAUUUCAAAGUUGUUUGUGCUUGAUCAAGGAAUCUCUUCUUGAAAGAUGACAACGGUGGGAUAUCAAACCUCAUGACUGGAACAAAAAUUGAUCCACUAGUAGCUGAUUACCUAGUCCCAGUACAAGAAAAGGGAGGUAAAAGCUACAAAACGUUUAACGAAAGAAUAACUAGAAAGUCCAAAGAUAGCCUAUAUUCUAUUUCAUUUCAAGAAAGCAGUCAUGCUCUUCAUUGCAUAGAAGUAGCACCUUCUACAGGUUCAGAUACAAAGACACUGAAAUAAAAUCUUACAUCCACAGACUACAAAAUGGCUACAUAUUAGAAGGAGGAGAUUUUAAUGGAACAUUUGAUACCACGUAAAUUUGUAUCUCUCUGCACCUGCCAGAUAUCUUUAUGUGCAUUUUUCAAAUGUAAAGAGAAUCAUUUAUAUUUCAAUGUCUAAAUAUGUUAUACAGUUUUGUAUUUUACUUUUUUUUUUUUUUUUAUGAAAUUGAUAGCACUUUGUAAAUAUGAGAAUUUCAUAUAAAUAUAAGGUUUGCAUCAGUUUGUACAUUUGGAGCACAUAGAUUACUUUUUUUUUUACUUUAGCGUGUCUGAAAACAUAUGAAAUUAUAUACAAUAACCCUAUGUUAAAACAUCAUUAUAUAUUAAUUAUAUUUAAAUCUGGUAUUAUUCAAGCUGGUGGACGUUUCUCAAUAAUGACCACCAUUCAGAACAUGUGACCUUUUCCUUUAACACUAUACUAUAGUAAAAAAGGCAAAUCAAAAUAAACUUCUGGCUAUUUCAAAAACCCAAGAAAACCCUCCUGGCUGCUGGCUCCUACACUAAUUGGUAUGAAAUGGGGUUAUUUUACAUCUUUUUGUAGUAUUUCUAUCCUUAACCACUCGAUGGCACCAUGCACUAUUCAUCUUCAUCAAAUGUCCAUAAACAGGAAUUGUUGCUACGGUAACCAAGAAGCGUGAAGUUCCUGUAUUAUUGCAUAUUCCCAACAAUUCACAGUUUAGUGAAUAAUUCUGAGUUUAUUUUCCAGAAAAAAAUAUAGUUUAACACAUUUAUAAUCCUCUUUGAACAAACUGAUAAACACAGUUACCAGUCCCCAUUAGUUAAGGGUCCCAUUCAGCAUUACAGAUCUAGUUGGAAUUACUGUCAGUGUUUUAAAGGGUUACUUCAAUCCAUUGUAGCUGUUAUGAUGCCAGGAGGACCAUGGACCGGUUCCCAACAAUUAGCAACAGUUUCCCCCUUUCUUGGGUCCUCGCUGGGCUCUAAGGCUCCCUGAUGGUGUGGAGCCACGCUUCCGGCUUCUGCGGAUUUGCAGAAGCUGGAAGCCUCAGCACUUGCCAUUCAUUGGAUCAACUGGCCUCUCUCAGCCAAUGACUGACAUUCUGUACAAUGGGAUGAAGUUGUUAUCAUGCAGGGUGGAUCAGCUGGCCUCCCUCAGCCAAUGACUGACAUUCUGUACAAUGGGAUGAAGUUGUUAUGGUGCAGGGUGGAUCAGCUGGCCUCCCUCAGCCAAUGACUGACAUUCUGUACAAUGGGAUGAAAUUGAUAUGGUGCAGGGUGGACCCCUGUGCCCACUAACCUUUAAGAGUCAGCUCUGCCCCUCUACUUCUGUUUGAUUCUGAGGUUUCAAUCAAGAGGGCAUGAACUGGGUGUCGCUGAUAGGUUGAGAGCAUUAGCUUCAAACGGAAGUGGAGGGGCAAUGGUGAUGGACGCCAUACUGAAGACUUUUGGGUUAAACCAUGCGUUAACAGGUUAACUCUUGAAGGUAAGUCGGCACCCAGGACUUCCUCGCACCAUAGCAACUUAAUUCCUAUUAGGUUUUUAUGGUGCCCAGAAUGUUUCUUUAGUAGGCUAUUUUGUCUGAUCUAUCCCAUAUUCUGAUGUUGUAAUAAUUAAUCUUCUGGUAAAAAUAACGUAGUGUAUUCUGUCUCAAUCUCAGUAUUUAAUUAAUCAGUAUUUAAUCUCUGCUUUUUGGGGGUAUAUUUUUUUUACAAUACUAAAGCUGAAGUUGUUCAUACAUUUAGUAUAUUAAUAGUUUUACUGUUUCUUUGUUUUUUUUUAAUCCAGUGUUAGCAUCUAGUCUAAUUUAACAUUGGUUUAUAUUUCUAAUAAACAAUAUAAAUUCACACCUCAACUGUUCUGUUAGUGCCCACAGGGAGGACAUGGACCUGAAAAGUAUUUCACAACAUCCAGUCUGUCUGAAGAACCUUUUAGUAGAAUCUGACAAUUGACCCCUGAUUUUAAAAUAAAUAAUAUAGACAAUAUAUUAAAACAGGGCUCAAAAAUGUUCACCCCAUCUAUCAGCCCUGGUGAGCAGGAAUUCACCUGGUGAGUGUGCCAUGGACCCUCCAGGCUUGCAGUGGUGAUUAUAUUAUUUUUACUUAUCUAGUAAUAUAAGGUGUUGUAAUUUCUAGCCCUGUAUUAAAAUAGAAUAGAUACAUUCAAAAAUGCCCACUUUGAAGUUCACAGGUAAACAGCAAAUCCUUGGGUCUCAGGAGUACUGCUCAAGCUAGUCAGCAGGGGUUCAUGGGAUAUGUAGUUUAGCACUUGGCAACAGUUGCAGCUUUCAGAUAAAACGAGUGAAACUGUUGCUCCAAACUCUAAAGGGACACUGUGGGCAGUGUAACUGCUUCGUCUCACUAUGGUGUCUGGAGUACUCUGGCCCUGUCAUUCCAUUCAGAGUCAAACAUUUUUUAAUGGUUUAGUCAUGCUAGACAAGAGUCCCCAACAGUGCAUCUAACACUGCUAAUAAGGAAGCAUUAUCCCUCACAGCAAUGGAUGGCUGGGAUUGAUUUGUAUUCUUAACGCUAUAAUCUUCUUUUUAAGUUUAAUUACUGCUUCACUCACUGUUUUGUGAUUAUAGCUAUAAAGGAGAAAUUGGGAUAUAACAUGCGUCCUUACAGAUAGAGAAAAGCACAGGGCUUUCACUGUAAAAAUCUAUGAAUGAUAAUAAGUUGUUAUGGUGCUUAGAGUGACCCUUUCAGCAGUAAGUACAUAUCAGUUUAAAACAUGUUUUUGUGCAACUUUUUUGCUGAAUACAGAUGCUUGUGUCCCAACAGGUCUUCUACUAAAAAACCUAUACAAGUCAAAGUCAAUGGACAGAAGAAAUCGAGUAGCCUUGAUACACUGGACCACUUAAAGCAUCUACAAUCAGUGGAGACCUAAUGACUGUUUUUACAGGAGCAUGGAAUAAGGAUACAGAGAGAAGUGGCUGAUUUGAAGGAAAUGGAACACAAUCCAGUCCAAGCAGCUGACAUAUUAUACAAAUUCUACUUUCCACCAGCUACAUAUCUCCACGCUGCUGUGUUGCUAUCAUUCACUGGACAGGAACUUAGUAUAACAAAUAACAGCACUGUCACCUUUACAUUGCUCCUGUUACAUUACUAGCUAGGUAAUGUAACAUUCACACAAUUAUAGUAUUUUACAUUGAUCUUGGAAGCAAAAGGAUAAAUCCUUAGGGAAAGGUGUCCUAUAACAUAGUGUGAAUGACAGCAAGUGUAUUGAAGGCUGGAGUGCUAGAGUUUGCCUGUCCCUAGGCUUGUCUGACACUUAUUAAUAUGUUCUGUACCCAACUCUCUGGGAUGGCAUGAUGGAGUCCAUUUUUAAUGGACGUUUUUCUUGUGCUAGACAACAGCCUCCCUAAAAAUAGUUAAAGAGACAGUCUGAGCACAUAAGUUGGUUAUUUUUAAUUUGUGGACUUGCUGAUGAAAAAAGUGCCAUUUCUGGGAAAUGGCACUGCCUGUAUUUUGCAAAUCCCUCACCUCUAGUGGCUGUCAUUUAGACAGUCUUUAGGAGCAUCCACUAAAGUGAAAUCUAUUAUGUCCAGUGUCAGCAUGUUAAUAUUGGAUGCGCUUCCAAUGCUUCUUAUUGAAUUUAAAAUCGAGAAUAAAUAGAAUGUUUUUCUAAAAAAGUAGGACCCAACAAUCUAAUCUAGUAAAGGAACACAUCUAACUUGUUCCUUUAAGAGGCCUUCUCCUGGGGCCCUGGCUCUCUUCUAUCCCCAAAUAAUUUAUUUUUUUGAUGCACCAUGUACCAGACCCAAAGGCAUGGAUCUCCUCACCAACCAGCUGCUGGCGUUUGCAAGACUAACCACCUUACAAGACUAGGAAACAGUGAUUGGAGAGACUUGUUCUUUUAUGUCCCAGGACCUGAUGCACUCCUAUAUCCAGGCAAAGCUUGUUCAUAUUUUGGCCGUAGAUGGGCUACACAUUUUGUCACCCGAUGAACUGAGAGCAAAGUACAGUGUCCCACAUCCCCUGCUGGGUUUACUUAGAAACUCUGUUAUUUAGGCAUUUUAAAUACAGUAAAUCCAGUAGAUUAAUGCUUGCAUUCUAUUGAUUGCGUUGACCAACUAGGAAGGCUAACAUCAUAAUUAUAUGGUCUCAAGCUGAAUAAUGAAAUUAUUCCACACCAAUUAUAUACGUAAACUAUUCUGUAUCUACUUUGGACUGUUUCUCUUCAUAUGUCAUAUAUCUUUGAAGGAACACUGUAGGCACUACAACAACUUAUUCUUAUUGAUCCUCCAACUCGAUCUGGCUCAAUUGUUUGAAGGCUUGAAAGCUUUAAGCCAUACCUCCAAGUCGGGACUGUAACUUCCUGACUUUCAUAUUUAAUCAUACUGUGAAGCCAACAAGAGUAGCAUACUUUGAGUGAUAUAUUAACAGCGUACCUGCAAUUAAAUAAUUAAAUGCACUUUAGUUCAAGUUAUAUUCAUCUAGCACUAUUGGUCUGUCAUAUUAAAAUUAGGACCCACAGAUAAUGGGGUACUGUGGUGAGCUUAAAGGUGACACUAUAGGCACUUAGAUCACUUCAAAUACUUGAAGUGGUCUGGGUGCAGUGUCCAUGUUCCCUUAACCCUGUUUACAUUGCAGGGUUAAGGCAAACUGUGGUACUUAAAGUUUAAUUCCGUGAAAAGCAGUUGGGUAUCCUCCCGCUUUGCAUGAGGACGACCAGCAUCUUGAAAAUUCCUACAGGAAAGAAUUGAUUCAACGCUUUCCUGCGGGAACACUCUAAUGUGCGUGCUGUGUUUGCCGCUCCUGCUCUUUAGGUUCCCCCAUUGGCAUGAUGUUGCGGGGGGAAGAGGCAAAUCUAGGGCCGAAGGAACUUGGCACUGGACAGAGGUAAGUGUUAAAAGGGUUUUCUUGUGGAGGGGGAGGACCUACUAAGUUAGGGACAGGUUUGUAUUCCUAAUGCUAUAAUGUUCAUUUAACAUAAUAUGGCAAUAUGGUGGAACCGAAUCCCAUAUUUGUUUGCUGAAAUAGGUGAAUUUAAAUGGACUUGUAAAUUGUAUACCUGUAUUUUUGUGUGUGCUGUUCCCUUAAUCAGUAUUUUGUGUAAAUAUUGGUCUUUAUGGCAGCACCAUUACUGAGACAUACUUGUUCUGGGUGUGCCCCCUCCCCAAUUCCUCAUUUUUCUAAAUACGGGUAGCAUGCUGAUGUCGGCAGAUCUAUGCUUCUAUGCGUCUAGAAUUAGCGGAUUCACAUAGAGAACUAUAGCAUACAAUAAUGCUCGAUGAGAGCAAAUUCAUUGCAGUGAGCUGUGCAUGCGCUUAUGGUCCACAAUGCUUCCAAAUGAGAUGCCUGGGAUUGGACCAAUGUCCUGUGCCAUGAUGACACUGAAAGGGUUGGAGCAAACUGCCCCAGGGGGACAGAUUAAACCAUUCUCCUGACUCUGAAGGCAUAUGCUCUUGCUGAGCCAGGGAGGGAAUGAGUGGGGGUAGUCACAGGGAAGAAAAAAAAGAGGAUCACUAUAGGAAGGCUGGAAUGGCAGGGAUUGCUCAAAUAAAGGAGGAGGGAGGGGGAUCUAGCCUUCCCUGGCUUGCCCAGAAACGGAGAGGCUAACUUCUGUCGUCAGCGGGCAGUGUGUGCUGACAACAGGAGUAUUUUUUGCUCAGAAUUAACAUUAGGGAGUCUGGAACAGAGUUAAGGGCUCACUAAGUCACAUGGUAACUGACCCCCGACAGAAAAAUGCAAACACCUGUGAAUGUGCAGCGUUUGAAGCAGAAACACUGCACAUAUGGAUUCCUACCACCCUGACCACGUCUAAAAGCAGGAGUGGGCACGGUAGCCCUUUCAGGACAAUAAACUGAAGACUACUUUUUCAAGGCACUGCUAACAGUAAUGGGAAGAAUGAGACUAUUUGUAAUCUCUUUCUAUCCCUGCAUUUUUGUAAAGUCCGGCAUAGGGACACUUAUGGAACAUUUUUUUUGCAGGCAUGGCAACCAAACCAUUUCAACCUACAGAAAUGCUUUCCUUGCAUCAUAAAACUAAAUUAAAAGAAUGGGAAAAGCUCAUAUGAUUAAUCUCUGUAGGACCAUUGACGUUGACUAUGCUGCUAGUAGGGCAUUUCCCUAAUCCCAGGCCUGACAGGGUUAAUUCUUUCAUCAGUAAUUAAAGCUCCAUGAAAUGUCACUCCGAGCCAAGAUUCCAAAAUGUACAAAUUGUGCAUAUAAACAUCUAUAGGCACUGUAUGGAAAGACACCUGGUUUAUGGCUCAAGGACGUCCUGGGUAUUUCUGAUAAGUCUAUUGGAAUAAAAUCUGCUCAAGUAUUAUUCACUAAACUGGGAAUUGUGGGAAACUGAUCAGGGAAUGGCAUUUAUAUGUCAAAAUAGCCAAACUGGAAAAACAGCUCUGUUGGAUAUUUGUUUUUUAACCAGUUCAGCUAUUGUGGUCUUUCUUUUGCAAUAGCAUUUUGCCAAUUCUUAAUGAUUCCCAAUUUGGUGAACUUUUAUAGUAUCAAGCAGGCCCGGAAUGGCCAUCGGGCACACCGGGCAAAUGCCCGGUGGGCCGCGGUGGCCAUGGGCCGAGGCCGGCAGGGGAGGUUCCAGGAUCUCCCCUGCCGGUCUUUGUAGGGCCGGCACUAUCCGAGCGCUGGCCCUGCAACAGUCCACGGCGGGCCGGUGGGGAGAUCAAAGAUCUCCCUCACCGGCCCACAUGCAGGAUAGUGCGGCCGCCGGCGGGGAGAGAGGGAGGGAGCCAGCCUGCCAGCAGAGGAACCCGGGGGAGCUCUAUCUUGCAGCUCCGCCGGGUUCCUCUCGCGGGAUCCGGAGCGUUGCCAUGGCAACGACUGGAUCUCGCGAGAGUGAACUCUAGCCUCACACACACACACACACACACUGCACCCCUAACACUCACAGCACCCUCACUCACAUACACACACACUGUACCCCUAACAAUUACAGCACCCUCACACACUCACAUAAACUGCACCCCUGACACUCACAUACACACACACUUCUCCCCUAACACUCACACACUCACAUAAACUGCACCCCUGACACAGCACACACACACACACACACUGCACCCCUAACACUCACAGCACCCUCACUCACAUAAACUGCACCCCUGACACUCACAGCACACACACACACACACUGCACCCCUAACACUCACAGCACCCUCACUCACAUACACACACACUGCACACCUAACACUUACAGCACCCUCACACACUCACAUAAACUGCACCCCUAACACUCACACACUCACACAAACACUCACAUAAACUGCACCCCUGACACAGCACACACACACACACGCACACUGCACCCCUAACACUCACAGCACCGUCACUCACAUACACACACACUGCACCCCUAACACGUACAGCACCCUCACACACUCACAUUAACUGCACCCCUGACACUCACAUACACACACACUGCACCCCUAACACUCACACACUCACAUACACACACACUGCACCCCUAACACUCACACACACACAUACACACACUGCACCCCUAACACUCACACACUCACAUAAACUGCACCCCUGACACAGCACACACACACACACACUGCACCCCUAACACUCACAGCACCCUCACUCAUUCACAUACACACACACUGCACCCCUAACACUUACAGCACCCUCACACACUCACAUAAACUGCACCCCUGACACUCACAGCACACACACACUGCACCCCUAACACUUAUAGCACCCUCACACACACACACACACUGCACCCCUGACACUCACAGCACACACACUGCACCCCUGACACUCACAGCACCCUCACACACACACACACACACACUGCACCCCUGACACUCACAGCAGACACACACUGCACCCCUAACACUUACAGCACCCUCACACACACACACACUGCACGCCUGAUACUCACAGCACACACACACUGCACCCCUAACACUUACAGCACCCUCACACACACACACACACACUGCACCCCUGACACGCACAGCACACACUCACUGCACCCCUGACACGCACAGCACACACUCACUGCAGCCCUAACACUUACAACACCAACACACACACACACACACACUGCACCCCUGACACACACAGCUUCCUCAUACGCACAUGGCACCCUCACGCAAACACAGCACCCAAUCACACACAGCACACACACACAGCACCCUUACCCACAUAGCACCCUCACGCAAACACAGCACACAUCACUAACACACUACACACCUCACACACACUGCACCCCUCACAUACACACACAACACCCUCACACACACUGCACAAUAUGCUUUCCUGGCAUUUUUGUCUCCUGGUAUCCCAACUAUGGAGACACCAGAGACAAAUUUCAAGCAAACACAGUGCAAGCAUGUUAUUGAAUUUGCUUGCGCUGUGCAGAACAAAUACAGGGUCUCUUUCUCAUGCCAGAGCUCUUCAGCAGAGCUCUGCGCAUGGUCUACCCUGGAAGAGCAUUGAACCAAAAUGCUCACUUUGUGAUGGGGCGUGCUUGUCAUUGGUGACGAGAAAACACACCCUAUCUGUCCCCGCCCCCUUUGUAGUGGGCCGCUGUAAUUAAAAAAUGUCCGGGACGAAUUUUUUUCCCAGUCCGGCACUGGUAUCAAGUUAGCGUUAUCACAACCAUCCAGAAGCAGGAUGACUAUAAACAAACAGAGAACACACACACCAACAUUAACUUAAAAAAAAAACGCAAAAUGCAUGUUGGAUUGUGGGCCUUAUAAAGCAAUUCCAGUCUAAAAAUGUGUAAUUGCUACAAAAUGAUUACUUUCAACUGUUCAUUUUAUUGUAAUGUAAUAACUCAUGUGAAAUCUCAGCUAAGUUAUGUAUGUACUUGUUUCAUUGAAAGGAACAAUAUUUAAAAAAAUAAUAAUAAUACUGAAAUCAUUAAAAUUUGCAGUUUUUCCUGCCA